AUGUUUGAAACAACAGAAAUAGCUGAGAGAACCUCAGUAUACGAUAAGAAGCCAUCUGAACAGGUGGCGUUUCACAAACCUGAAGAAGUUGAAUCAAAAUAUUCUACUGAGGAUACAUUAGCUCACCUGAAAAAAUCCCAAAAGGUUCCCAAAGAUGUCCAAGUAGAGGAGAAGAUGGGUUUGAAGAAAACACCAAAGUUGCUGAAGGAAGAAUCACCUGACCAACCUAGUUUAUCUCUAAAGAAGGUAUCGAAAUUGCCAUCAGAGGAGAAAGAGCAAGAAACUGUCAAGCUAAAACCAUUUGAAAAACCUGCUAAACCGGGAACUGUUGAGCCAGUGAAAGACAAGAAAGACAGUGAAUCCAGAGCUGAUUACGAUAGAAGUGAGAGACCACAAAGAGAUGAAGCAUUUAAAGAAUCUGUUUCUGCUCCUAUGAAGAAACCUGAAGCCAUCUCAAAGGAUACGAAAGAGCCACAGGUAGACAGAUCUAAACCAGUGGCCAAAGUUCCUGAAGGUGAACAAGUCGAAGAGUCUGACAAAACACUGACAAAGGUGAAGAGAAUUCCUCCACUGGAGCAAGAGAAGGAAGAAGUUAAAUUGAAGCCAUUUUCUAAGUCACCAAAAGCUGAAGCUGUGAAGCCUGAGAAGGAGCCUGAGAAGAAGAAAGAGGUUGAAAAAACUCAACAAAAGCCAAGUCCUCCAAAACCAGUACCUGUAAAGAAAAUUGAAAAGAGUCCUCAAGAGGACAAGCCAGUACAGUUAAAAAAGGUGGAGCUUGUGCCAAAAGAACCAGAGGACGAAGAAAAAGACAACCCCUUAAAGCAUGAAGAGACACUUAAGAAAAUGGUGGAACUGAAAAAGACUCCUUCACCUAGGGUUGAAAAACCAAAGCCAAAAGAAAUUGAGAAAAUUACUAUGGAGAGGAAGCCUAGUGCAGAAAGGACCAAAAGGCUGCCUAGACAGGUUUCACCUAAAGAUUCAUUUGAAGGUGUUACCCUAAAAAAGGUUCCAAAGAAAAUAUCACCAGAAGAGGAGGCACCACAUCAAACUGUUAAAGAGAAGGUGUCAGCAAUGAAAGAGCUGUCCCCUGUACAGUUACGAAAGAUUUCGACUCAGCUGGAGGAGGAAGUCUUUGAGGAGGAGCCAGAGGAGGAGCUGGAAUCUGACAAUGAAGGUUGGGGAUGGGAACUUGUCCCCCGAGAUAGUUCUGGAUCCACAGAAGACUGGGGAGAGGAACCUUUGGAAGGUGAUGCUCGUGAGACCCCUGGAAUGCCAGGUGCCAGCAGAGGUGAGAUUAUGGCUGCUGAAAUGUACCACUGAUGGCUCAAGAAGUGUCUCACCUGAUCCAUCCUCCAUUCAUCCAUUAAUCUAGCCAUCCAUCUUUCAUUAUCUCCAUCCAUGUCCAUCUUUUUUAUCUCACGUCUUGUCCUCAUUCUGUGUAGUCCAACCAUGUCCAUGUCCUCACUCCUUGUUGUCCAACCAUGUCCAUGUCCUCACUCUGUGUUGUCCAACCAUGUCCAUCUUAAUGUUUUCAUCUUCUCAUCUUAAUGUCUUCAUUUUGUGUAGUCCAGGUAUCAAAGUCAGUCAUUUGUGUCCAUUGUCUAUCUGUACCAACAUUUGUCUCCAUUGUCUUGUACACAUCCAUUACAGCGUGUUCAAGCUCUCCAUGUCAAUUUCUGGCAUUUUGUUCAAUUCUCUAUGUCCAUGCCAUCUUCUCAUGUCCAAUAAUCUUGCCCAUGGUGCUCGAUUUUGUAUCCAUUCAUCUUUCACAUCUUUCACAGUGUUCUGUGUAAUAUCCAACCAUUUUGCCAGUUGUAGUCAUAUAUUUUAUUUCUUAAUGAGAAAGUCAUACAAUUGUCUUUACUCAGAUGGGAAACCAAAAGAGGAAGCUGCUGGUAGAGGUAGAGGUAGAGGCAUUCAAGGUGAGAAUAAACAAAAACAUGCAUGUUGGUAAUAUGUGUGUGAUAAAGACAUAUCAUGACUUUAAUCUAUAUCCUUAUAUGGGUUUUUGUAAUCAUAUCAAUCUUAUCUUAUUGAAUAUGAAAACUAUGUAUUUUGUUUAAAUGUUAAACGUGCUUGAAUGUUUGAGUCCGUAUAUUACGUCUGUAUAGUCCAUAUAGUAGUGUUUUAUCGUGUUGUUAACUUGCUUAAUACUCUUCAUCCUCUUUGGGAAAUACGGUAAGGCCACUUGUUUUUUGCCCUUGGCAACAUGUCCAUGAGAGGUUUCUAUCGUUGUUGUAUGUUAAUGUCCAUGUACUGAAAAAAAUACAGUUCUUAAAAAUAAAACAAAACGUCUUAGCAAAAGUAGUGUUGUUCAACUUAUCAUGCAUUUACAUUUUUCCAAUUUCAGCUAAGCAAACCCCCUCACCUGGUGGUGGCAGGGGUAGAGGACUGAAACCCGGUGCUGGAGGAGACAAACCCCCAGAUGCUAAUCCUUUUGGAUUCCAGCUCAAAGCAGUUCCGCUGAAGUUUACGAGACCACUCAAAGACAUAGUGUUACAGGAGGCUGAAUCAGUCGGCGCUUCUGCUACGUUUGAGUGUGAGGUUUCGCCUUCUACUGCAAUUACUACAUGGAUGAAAGAUGGCGCCAACAUAAGAGAGAGCCCAAAACACAAGUUCUACUCUGAUGGCAAAGAUCGCAAACUGCUAAUCAUUGAUGUGCAAGUUUCUGACACUGGUGAAUAUACUUGUGUUGCCAAGCUGGGCAACAAGGAAAAGACAACAACCGCCAAACUGAUAGUAGAAGGUACUUAUUCCAAGUCCAUACAUAUUUGUUUUGUGUAACGAACCUCUUUACUUCUUUACAACCUCUUUGAUUACUUAAAGAUAAGUAAUAUGUAAUGUAAGCUUUUAGAAUAUGACUUUCUUUCCUCAUAGAAUUGCCUGUGAAGUGGGUAAAGACUCUGGAAGAGGAUGGUAUGUCGGUCCUCAAGGGUCAGCCUAUGUACCUGACCUGUGAGUUGAACAAAGAGAGAGAUGUGGUCUGGAAGAAGAGUGGUGUGCCUCUUAAAAACAUCCCAGGAAAAGUGGCCAUCAAUAUCAUUGGAAUGCAGCAUGCCGUUACAAUCCAGGAUACAGGAGAUGACGACGCUGGCAUUUACGCUUGCGAGUGUGAUGACAUCAGGACUAAAACAGAUGUCAAAAUCAUUGGUAUGUACAGAAUAUCUAUAUUUGUUAGUAAACAAAUGCACUAAUUAUUUUAGUAGCAAUUCAUAUUAACCAUUCUACAUAAUGUAUCCCCCCCCCCCCCCCUUGGGAGCAUAAGAGGUCCACUGUAGGUCUCCACCUCACUCUUUUCUGUGUGAGGGCUUUUGCCUCUUGCCAGGAGACCCCCACUUUAUUCAGUUAAUGUGGACCAUCUCUAGUUGGUCUUUGGCUUUCCCUUCUUUGUUUUUAUAUGUGGGUUGUAGUCCAGUGCCUGUCUUCUUAUGUUUGUUGUGUCUUGGCUACCUGAGAAGGAGCCAUUCUUUCAAUAUAUUUUUAUUUUUAUUUUACAGAAAUUGUCAGAGACUGGUUGGUGAAACCAUUGAGAGAUCAGCAUGUGAAACCCAAGGCCACUGCCACUUUCAAGUGUGAGCUCUUCAAAGAAACCCCUAACUGGAAGUGGUUCCAUGGCGACAAGGAGAUUCCUAAUGAUCCCACUGACAAGAUUGAGGUCAAGAAAGAAGGCAAAGAACUGACUCUCACAGUUAAGAAAGCAUCACCUGAUGAUAUUGGGCAAUAUGCCAUGGAGGUUGAAGGCCGCAGAUACACAGCUAACCUGACUCUUGGAGGUUGGUUGCACAUUCUAUGUUAUGUUACGUACAUUCUUUGUUAUGUUACGGUCUGCACUUGUAUGUUAUGUCCCCUAAGGCUAUCUACAUGAAGUGAAUCCUUUUGAUACUUUUACAGAACGUGAAGCUCAGAUCUUGAAGCCUAUCUCCAGUAUGGAGGUUGUUGAGAAAGAUGAGGUUACGUUUGAAACUGAAAUAUCUGAAGAGGAUGUGGCUGGAGAAUGGAAACUUAAAGGGCAAGUCCUGCAAAGAUCACCGGUAAGACCUAUAAUUUGACUGUAAUAUUUUUCUGGAUUCUAACCAUAAUGAUUGGAAAUAUGCAGUACUUGUUUAAAUGUUGAUGUAUUUACACUUUUGUUCAAAUUGUAUUUACAUUUUUAGAUGGUUGAAAUCAAAUCUGAGGGCCAGAAACGUUUCCUCACUCUGAAAAAUGUUCAGCUUGACCAGUGUGGUGAAGUGUCUUAUCAAGCUCUGAAUGCUAUCACGAGUGGGGUGCUCACAGUCACAGGUAAGAAAGUGUCAAAAAUUAACAAUAUAUACUGUCAUAUACUGUAUGUGUUCGUAAUGUCUCUGUGAUCCUAAGGAAGAUCGAUAAUGCUGUCAUUCAUACUUAAUCCUUAUUCGUACCUCCUAGAAAUGGAAAUGGACUUCACAGUCCCCUUGAAGGAUGUGUCUGUACCUGAAAAGAAACAGGCUACGUUUGAGUGUACUAUCACAAGGGAUGUGCCUAAAGUCAUGUGGUUAAAGGGGUCAGACAUCCUGUCGACAGGCGAUAAAUAUGACAUUAUUGAUGAUGGAAAGAAACAUAUAUUGGUCAUAAACAACUGUGAAUUUGAUGAUGAGGGACAAUACACUAUUGAAGUCUUGGGCAAAAAGUCAACAGCCCAGUUGACUGUGGAGGGUAAGUACCGGCUGAAACGAUUCUCAGUUAACGCUUCUGUUUUACAUGGUGCUGAAUCUUUGAUCUGACUUUUUGUUAGAUAUAAGCUGUUUUUAGUAUGUUGUCAUCUUAAUUCUUUAUUGAUUAAUUAUCUUACUGGGCAACAAGACUGUUAAGUGGGCAAAGACAGUAACACUGUUAUGCACUCAACUAAUAUAUUAUAGGUAUGAGGCUCAAAUUCGUAACACCACUAAAGGACCAAACUACCAAGGAAGGUGAAACAGCUCGGUUUGAGGUUGAGCUCUCUCAUGAGAAGGUACCCCUGACAUGGUACAAAAAUGAAAUCAAACUCCAUGUGAGCAGGACCGUGCUCAUCCAUUUUGAAGGAAAGAAACACACCUUAGAAAUCAAGGAGUUGACCCUAGAUGAUACCUGCCAGAUUAAGGCAGAGGCUAAAGGAAUUCCCUCAACAGCAAACUUGACGGUGCUAGGUAAACCCUACUCUGUACCUCUUUCUUUCAUGCUCUUCCUUCUCUUCAUGGCUCUUUGUUCAUCUCUUGUUUUCUACAUCGUUCUUCUAUGCUAUGCAACAUGGAGAGAAGGCAUCAUUCGAGAGUGUUAUUGUUAUUUGAUCUACAGCAAUUGAUUAAACCUUUUCCUGUUCCAGAGGGUGACGCCCACUUCACAGUGAAGUUGCAGGAUUUCACCGCAGUCGAGAAGGACGAGGUCACUCUGGACUGUGAACUCAGCAAAGAUGUCUCUGUGAGGUGGUACCAUAAUGAGACUGAAAUUAAGGCCUCUAAGAUGGUAACCAUGAGGGCUGAGGGCAACAAAAGAAUGUUGUCCAUCAAGAAAGUGGAAGGAAAAGAUAAGGGACAAUACCUAUGUGAUUGUGGUACGGACAAGACCAUGGCAACCAUUAGCAUUGAAGGUAAGUCAAUACAUUUUUACAAUCACAAAAUCGAAUAGUAAAGAUUGUUUUUGUUUUCUUGAUUCUAUUAAUUACCUUAUUUUCCCUCUUCAAUUGCAGCUCGUGAUAUCAAGGUAUCUCGGCCAAUGUAUGGUGUUGAGCUCUUCGAUGGCGAGACCGCUCGUUUUGAAGUGGAAAUCUCUGAAGAUGAUGUCCAUGGCCAGUGGAAACUGAAGGGAGAAACACUUUCACCUUCCCCAGAUAUUGAAAUCAUUGAGGAUGGUGCUAAGCACACUUUGACAUUGUACAACUGCAAGGUCUCCCAGACAGGAGAGGUUGGAUUCACAGCUGCCAAUGCGAAGUGUACAGCCAACCUGAAAGUGAAAGGUAACAUUUAUAUUUCUGAUCUAUUUUCUCAUUUUUACUCUAUAUUCACAUUUUCACCAUUGACAUAAUACAACUACUGAUAUUCAAUCUACUAUAAUAUUUUGGCAAUUUUUUUAAUUCCAGAACUGCCACUGACCUUUAUCACACCUUUGAGUGAUGUGCAAGUGUAUGAGAAAGAUGAGGGAAGAUUUGAGGUUGAGAUUUCAAGACCAACCAAGACCUUCCGUUGGCUCAAGGGAUCUCAGGAGUUGGAAAAUGAUGACAAGUUUGAGAUUAUCCAUGAGGGAAAGAUACACACUCUUGUGGUCAAAAAGGCUGCAUAUGAGGAUGAAGCUAAAUACAUAUUUGAGGCUGAGGACAAGAGGACCACAGGAAAACUAGUUAUCCAAGGUAAUUACUGAGAUCAUGGAAGUUUUUAUAUAAUUAAAUCAUAAAUAAAGACAAAUAUUUGAGAUUGUAUUAAUGAAAUUGUGAUUUAUUUGUUAUAAGGUAUACGCCUUGAGUUUGUCAAGCCCAUCAAGGAUGUCACAGUCAAGGAGCGUGAAACAGCAGAGUUCAGUAUUGAACUGUCACAUGACAAGAUCUCGGUCGUCUGGUACAAGAACGACGUGCGUCUGCACCCCAGCAAGGUUGUGCACAUGUCAGACAAUGGCAAAAUGCACACCUUGACCUUCAAGCAGGUGUCCAUUGAUGACACAUCCAUGAUCAAAGUUGAAGCCUUGGGCAAGAGCUCUGAGGCCAUGCUCACUGUUCUUGGUAAGCUAUUGAUUUGAACUGUAGUGUCAUUUAAUUUGGGUCAUUUAAUUCACAUAAAGCCUGCAGUUAAACAUAACUUUACAUUUCCUCAUAAUUUCUUCUUUGUGCUUGACAGAGGGAGAACCUUACUUCGUCACAAAACUGCAAGACUACACUGCCGUUGAGAAGGACGAAGUGAUGCUGGUUUGUGAACUUAGCAAGACCUCUGCUGAGGUGAAAUGGUUCAAGGACGGCCAGGAGAUCAUGCCUAGCAAGAAUCUGAUCAUUAAAACCGAUGGAAAGAGGCGUAUGCUGACAGUGAAGAAAGCAGAGAAGGGCAACAUUGGAGAGUACACCUGCGAUUGUGGUUCUGACAAAACCACAGCCAGGCUGGACAUUGAGGAGCGUGAUAUUAAGGUUGUCCGUCCACUGUACAGCGUGGAAGUGACAGAAACUGAAAUUGCCAAGUUUGAGACCGAGAUCUCUGCCGAGGAUGUCCAUGGUCACUGGAAACUCAAAGGAGAGGCCCUUCAUCAGUCUCCUGUAAGUGGUAUUGACUGAAAUUACGGAUUUGCUUUAUUUGAAAUAUCCUAUGUAAACAAGACCAUUUAUUUGGUUGUAUCGUGUAGUGACUGAUGUUUCUGUGAUCUGUGUUUUCAGGACUGUGAGAUUAAGGAGGAGGGUACAAAGCAUGUCCUUAUCCUAUACAACGUUCGCAUGGAUCAGGCCGGAGGUGUCGACUUCCAGGCUGCCAAUGCUAAAUCCAAUGCUCAGCUUAGAGUUAAAGGUGAUAAUCUUAUAACACAACAUACACACAAACAGUUUAGUUUUGACUAAAUAUUAUAGCUUUUCUCUGACAAGUAACUUUUUGUAUGGCAAGUAGUACAUUUUGGUAGUGCAAGUUGCACUCCACCAUUUUGCUAGUUGACUUGACGGCAAAAGAUACUAAAGCUCAGCAAGGGAGAGCUGCUGUCCAAUCAGGUGUUGUGGCUAUUUUAGAAGCCCCAUGCCUUAUCUAGAGUGGGUGGUCAGUGAUUGUGAUUGGUAGAGCUACAACAUUCACAGUGCAAAGACACUCUAAAUGCAAAUAACUAGGCCAGUCCAUGAUAACUCAAGUUUUACCUCGAGCCCUUAGUUGUCCUGGUGGUUUAGGGACCCAAAGAGAAUCUGCCUGUUAAGAAUUGGAAUACAAAGAUGUCUGGUAAAAUAAGGACUUUUUUCUUAUGAGUCAGUCAACUAACCAUGUCUUCUCCUCAAUCUGAAGCGCGGAGUAUCGGGCUUAUGCGGCCUCUCAAGGAUGUUACUGUUACUGCCGGAGAGACCGCCACCUUCGACUGUGAACUUACUUAUGAAGGAAUCGCUGUAGAAUGGUUCUUGGGAAGCACCAAGAUGGAGCUAGGUGAAAGGGUAAGUACUGCAGAAUAUACAUUCACAUAAACUGCUGUAUAAUCAUAAGCAGAUAUUCUUUAUGAAUUGAUGUAUGCAAAUUCAACUUUACAAUACUUUAUAAUUGACUUUACAAAUAUUACAAUAUUAUUCAGCCCUUUAUUUCUUUUCCAAUAAAUUGAUAUGACUACCGCAGUCAUAACAAUCACUUUAAGUAAAUAUUUUCCACAUCUUUACAGCAUAGUGAUAGGGUAAGUACAGUACAACUUACAUUCACAUAAACUACUGUAUAAUACUUUACAAUACUUAAUAAUUGACUUUGUAACUCUACCUGCACAUGUCAAGGAGGCAGCUUCCAUUUCCUCAUUUAAAACACAAAUAAAGACCUACCAAGCUAAAGACCAAGAUAGCUUUAAAUUUGCUUAAUCUGCUUAAUGUCUAUGUUUUGCAUUAGUAGGUCAUGUUUUGAUGUAUUGUGAUUGUUUAUCUAGAUUUUAAUAUAUUGUUGAGAUUUUUUUGUUUUGUUUCUACCUUCGGCUCUACAACUGAUAUGGUUUUAAACUAUGUUUUAUAUUAUAAUAACAUAUCUUCAAAACCCACCUACCUCACUCAUAAUAAUCACAACUGAAAUAAAAGUACAUAUUUUUGUCACCAACAUAUUUUAUACAUAUAAGGAUGUAGACACUUUAGGUCAUUGUGCAGCACUAUCUGUGGCGAGAUAACAUGUUACUGUUCUUUCCUGUGAGCGUUGCUUGAGUUAUUUUUAACUGCUUCAAGAGUUGGUGCACCACCCAAGUGUUGCUCUUUCACUGUGAUAUUUCAUAGCUGUAUGUUUUAAAUGUAAAAUAUGUAAUUAACAACAUGUUACAUGUAUGUAAUCAAGACAAUUAAUCAGGCGUUAUCAAUCUGUUUGACUGGUGUCCAGGUGGUGUACUUAAAGCUGCUUCAAUCUACAGACACAGGAGAUGGACUCCUGCCCUAUGGGCCGUUCUGGCUCAGACAAGGCUUACGUACUAACUAAACUGUUUUAUUUCCUCAGGUGGUCACCAGAGCAGAAGGCAGAGGACACAGCCUGACUAUCAGAAAUGUCAAGCUGACAGAGGCUGGGGAAGUCAGGCUCACUGCAAAAUACUUCAAGACCCAGGCCAAACUCAUUGUCAGGGGUAGGUUAUAUCUGUUUAAUCAUUAUGGAGAUUAUCUGACAUACCACUAGAGCUCUCUUGCUGAAACUGAGAGGUCCUUGUUAUUAAACAUGUUAGCACACAUUUGUUUGUCUAGUUAAGCAUGAUAUGCAGAUCUUUUCAAAUGGAAGCGGAUCAACUAGAUAAGUGUGGGUGCAAUUAAUUUAUCUACAGUGCCUUCAGAAAGUAUUCACACUCCUUGAUUUUUUCCUACAUUUUAUUGUGUUACGGCCUGAAUUUAAAAUUGAUUAAAUUGAGAUGUUGUGUCACUGGCCUACACACAAUACCCCAUAAUGUCAAAGUGGAAUUAUGUUUGUUUUUUUCGAAAUUAUUACAAAUUAAUUAAAAAUGAAAAGCUGAAAUGUCUUGAGUCAAUAAGUAUUCAACCCCUUUGUUAUGGCAAGCCUAGAUAAGUUCAGGAGUAAAAAUGGCUUAACAAGUCACAUUAUAAAUUGCAUGGACUCACUCUGUCUGCAAUAAUAGUGUUUAACAUGAUUUUUGAAUGACUACUUCAUCUCUGUAUCCCACACAUAAAAUUAUCUGUAAGGUCCCUCAGUCGAGCAGUGAAUUUCAAACACAGAUUCAAUCACAAAGACCAGGGAGGUUUUCCAAUGCCUCACAAAGAAGGGCACCUAUUGAAAAAAAAAAAAGCAGACAUUGAGUAUCCCUUUGAGCAUGGUGAAGUUAUUAACUACACUUUGGAUGGUCUAUCAAUACACCCAGUCACUACAAAGAUACAGCCGUCCUUCCUCACUCAGUUGCCGGAGAGGAAGGAAACCGCUCAGGGAUUUCACCAUGAGGCCAAUGGUGACUUUAAAACAGUUACAGAGUUUAAUGGCUGUGAUAGGAGAAAACUGAGGAUGGAUCAACAACAUUGUAGUUACUCCACAAUAUUAACCUAAAUGACAGAGUGAAAAGAAGGAAGACUGUACUGAAUAUAAAUAUUCCAAAACAUACAUCCUGUUUGCAAUAAGGCACUAAAGUAAAACUGCAAACAAUAUGGCAAAGAAAUACACUUUAUGUCCUGAAUACAAAGCGUUAUGUUUGGGGCAAAUGCAACACAACGCAUCACUGAGUACCACUCUUCAUAUUUUCAAGCAUGGUGGUGGCUGCAUCAUGGUAUGGGUAUGCUUGUCAUGAGCAAGGACUAGGGAGUUUUUCAGGAUGAAAAGGAAUAGAGCUAAGCAUAGGCAAAAUCCUAGAGGAAAACCUGGUUCAGUCUGCUUUCCAACAGACACUAGGAGACAAAUUCACCUUUCAGCAGGACAAUAACCUAAAACACAAGGCCAAAUAUAAACUGGAGUUGCUUACCAAGACGACAUUGAAUGUUCCUGAGUGGCCUAGUUACAGUUCUGACUUAAAUCGGCUUGAAAAUCUAUGGCAAGACUUGAAAAUGGCUGUCUAGCAAUGAUCAACAACCAACUUGACAGAGCUUGAGGAAUUUAACAAAUAAUAAUGUGCAAAUAUUGUACAAUCCAGGUGUGCAAAACUCUUAGAGACUUACCAGAAAGACUCACAGCUGUAAUCGCCGCCAAAGGUGAUUCUAGCAUGUAUUGACUCAGGGUUGUGAAUACUUAUGUAAAUUAGAUAUUUCUGUAUUUUAUUUUCAAAACAAAUGCAAAAAAUUCUAAAAACAUGUUUUCACUUUGUCAUUAUGGGUUAUUGUGUGCAGAUGGUUGAGAAAAACAUAUAUUUAAUCAAUUUUAAAUUCAUGUUGUAACACAACAAAAUGUGGAAUAAGUAAAGUGGUAUGAAUACUUUCUGAAGGCACUAUAUUACAACUAAUAUAAUGGUCUCCUGCUUUACAGAGCCACCAGUUGAGUUCACCAAACCUCUGGAGGACCAGACAGUUGAGGAAGAGGCCACUGCUACUUUGGAGUGUGAAGUCUCCAGGGAAAACGCUGAGGUCAGGUGGUUCAGAGACACACAGGAGAUCCGCAAAACUAAGAAAUAUGACCUUAUUGUUGAUGGCCGAAAGAGAAGACUCGUCAUUCAUGGCUGUACUCUAGAUGACUCAAAGACAUAUACAUGCGAUGCUAAAGAAUUCAAAACCUCUGCUUUCCUGAAUGUUGAACGUAAGUAAAAUGAUGAUUCAACAAAAAUAAAUAUUGCAAAUGAACAGAAUUUGCAAGCAGAAUAUUUUUUGCUUACAGCUCCACAUGUUGACUUCUCUAAGCCACUCCAUGAUGUUGAGGUCAAAGAAAGGGAAAAUGCCAGAUUUGAGUGUGAGGUGUCCCGUGAGAAUGCCAAGGUAAGUGAUUAUGAAUGAAAAUACUUUAAAAUAAUCAAAAAAACAGAGGAAUUAAUUAACAUUGGUUUACAUGCACAAGAAGUCUGAUGAUAUAUUGUUGUCUGUUCAAACAGGUCAAAUGGUACAAGGAUGGCAGCGAGAUCAGAAAGGGAAAGAAAUACGAGAUCAUUGCCAAUGGUGUCAAGCGUAUCCUUGUGGUCACCAAGACAGUCUUCGAUGAUGAAGCAGAGUACGAAUGUGACGCUAAGACCUCCAAGUCUUCUGGCAUGCUGACAGUUAUUGGUAAGGCUUUGUUUUUAUUCUCAGUUACUACGAGGUUCAUAUCUAUACCAUCAACUACUGAUUUUACUGGUCACAAUAUCUUCUCCUUGCAGAGGAAGAGGCUAAGUUUACCAAGAACCUGUCUAACGUGGAGGGAACAGAAACAGACAGUGUGAAGAUGAUUUGUGAAGUGUCAAAGGUCAGCGCUGAGGUCACCUGGUGGAAGGGAGACCAGGAAUUGCCAGAGGGAGGAAGAUAUGAACAGGUCAUGGAUGGAAGGAAGAGAAUCUUCAUUAUCCAAGAUCUCAAGAUGGAGGACGCUGGAGAGUAUAACUGCAGACUGCAUAACGCCAAGACAUCUGCAACACUGAAACUGAAUGGUAAAGAAAUCAGAUAUGAGCUGUAUAUUGAAAACAUAUACAUUCUUAAAAGUAUAUAAAUGAUGUGCAUAUGUUUGAGUUCAGGUUAAGGUGCUGGUACAAUUUAUAUGCAUCUCCACUCAUCUUGCUUUUUCUGAUCUUCUAGAACUGGCUGCUGAGUUCAUUGCCAGGCCUCAGAGUCUCGAGGUGGUUGAGGGAGAAAAGGCUGAGUUUGUCUGCUCAGUCUCCAAAGACACCUAUGAAGUCAAAUGGCUCAAGGGUGACAAGGAGAUUGUAUCUGGAGACAAGUAUGACGUUGUCUGUGAUGGCAAGAGAAGAGCACUGAUAGUGAAGAAUUGUACACCAAAUGAUGAAGGAGGCUAUGUCGCCUUCAUUGGCACUACCAAAGCCUCAGCUGACUUGUUUGUCAUUGGUGGGUACUUGUAAAAAUACUGCGUAAUUUGUUUAUUGCUGUCUCCUGUGUCUAAUAGAAAACGAUAGAUAUGCUGACACUGUUAUUUUUCUUUCAACAGAGAAACUCAGAAUCAUCACACCCAUCAAGGAUUCGCAAGUGAAGGAAGGACAGGAGAUUGUAUUCAACUGUGAGGUGAAUACUGAGGGAGCUAAAGCUAAGUGGCUGAAGAAUGAGGAGACCAUGUUUGAGAGCAGCAAGUUCGUCAUGAUCCAGAAAGACAACGUGUUCUCUCUGAGGAUCAAGGGUGCUCAGAAGGCAGAUGAAGCCACUUAUACUAUUACAUUGACAAAUCACCGUGGUGAACAUGCCAAGAGCGAUGCCAAUGCCAAAGUACAAGGUAAAUACAGUAACAUAUUUAAUUUUGCUGGAUACAAAUGCUGUAAGAUGUUAUUGAUGAACUAACUUGUCUAUCAUGUGAAUUCACAGAGGAGAAGCUCAAGAUUAUUGAGCCUCUUGAGGACUGUGAGACACAAGAGAAGAAGACCAUCAGCUUCACUUGCAAGGUGAACAGACCUGAUAUCACCAUCAAAUGGAUGAAGGCUGGUCAGGAGAUCACCAUGAGCAAACGCAUCAUGUACCGUAUGGAGAAAGAUAAGCACACACUAACCAUCAAGGACUGCGUCAUGGACGAUGAGGGUGAAUACACCGCCAUGGCUGGUGAUGACAAGUGCACUGCCGAGCUGAUCCUCAACGAAGCUCCCACUGACUUCUCCACACCACUCAAAGACCAGACAAUCACUGAGUUUGAGGAUGCUGAGUUUACUUGCAAGCUGUCUAAAGAGAAGGCUGCCGUUAAAUGGUACAGGAAUGGUCGUGAGAUCAGAGAGGGACCCAGGUACAAAUUUCCCAUUGACUGAAUGGUUGUGUAUUGAUAAGGUUGAAUAAGAAUUGAUAAGAAUUGAACAGAAAGGUCUGAAAAAGUGAUCUUGCUUAUGUUUUGACAGAUACUCGUUUGAGAAAGAUGGCAGGAUUUGCAAACUCAAGAUCAAGAAGUGCAGACCAGACGACGAGUGUGAAUAUGCCUGCAGCGUGGAAGACAGGCGAUCCAGGGCCCGCCUCUUUGUUGAAGGUAAGUUCAUUUUCUAAUACUUUCUAAUACACAAUCACAGCUUUGGGAGAUUCGUUAUCCUGACAUAUUAAGUUGUUCUUUCUCACAGAGACCCCAGUUGAGAUCGUCAGACCACCUCAGGAUGUGUUUGAGCCUCCAGGCUCAGAUAUUGUGUUCGAGGUGGAGCUCAACAAAGACAGAGUUGAGGUCAAAUGGAUGAGGAACAACAUGAUCAUCGUCCAGGGUGACAAAUACCAGAUGAUGAGCGAGGGCAAGGUCCACAGACUCCAGGUGUGUGAGGUCAGGCCUCGUGACCAGGGAGAGUACAGAGUCGUUGCCAAGGAGAAGGAUGCCAGAGCCAAGCUGGAACUGGCAGGUAUGUCAGAGUCACCAUCCUGAACUCUUGAACACUUCUCUGUGUAAACGGUUGUUUUGUAUUCACACUUGUAAUUUUCCAUCACAGCUGUGCCAAAGAUCAAGACUACUGAUCAGAACCUGGUCACAGACGCUGGAAAGCCUUUCGUCAUGGCGAUCCCCUACGAUGCCUAUCCUCGUGCAGAGGCUGAGUGGUUCUUCAACACCGUUAGCCUGCCAGUGCAGAACAUUGACACCUCCGCAGACAAGACAGAGUACAGGCUGAAGAGCCCCAAGAAGACAGAUCAGGGCAGGUACAAGAUCGUCAUCAAGAACAAACACGGACAGGGAGAGGCAUUCAUCAAUCUGGAUGUUAUCGGUAAGUCUAGGACUGUCAUGGUGCUACUCUUUUUGAAAAUCAUCUAAUGGAUUACAGUAGUAAGAUAUUUCAGGAUGCUUGACAAUUUGGUCAUUAAUGUUUUUGUGAUCUCUAGAUGUCCCUGGACCUGUGAAGAACCUCAAAGUGGUUGACACCGCCGAUGGUGAGGUCAGCCUGGCCUGGGAAGAGCCAGAGAGUGAUGGUGGCAGCAAGAUCGUUGCAUACGUGGUGGAGAGGCGUGACAUCAAGCGCAAGACAUGGACUCUUGCCACUGACCGGGCUGACGCUCCAGAAUACUCUGUUAGCGGUCUCCAGAGGGACAACAAGUACCUCUUCAGAGUAUGUGCUCGUAACAGAGUGGGCAGUGGCCCCACUGUGGAGACAGACGAAGCUGUCCAGGCCAAGAAUAAGUUUGGUAAGCAAUACUUGACAUCUACAAAUGCAUGAAUUUUCUCAAUACUAAGUACAACUGUACUGUGAUGUCCUAUGACCAUUAUAGCAUCAAAAGCAUAACAAAUAACCAGCUUUAAAAAAAAACUUUCUCUCUGUUUUUACUUCAGAUGUGCCAGAGGCACCUGAGGACGUUGUGGUUGGCAUCGUGAACAGGUUUGGAGCCACCAUCUCCUGGGAAAAACCAAAGUCUGAUGGCGGAUCUGACAUCACCUCCUACAUCAUUGAGUUCCGUGACAGGACCUCUGUGAGCUGGGAGGUGGCUAUGAUCGCCAAGGCUCAGGACCGCACAGUCACUCUCACUGAUGUCGUUGAGAAUAAGGAAUACAUCUUCCGUGUCAAAGCCGAAAACAAGGCUGGCAUUGGCAAACCAAGUGCUGCCACCGAUCCAGUUAAGAUCAUGGACCCCAUUGGUGAGUCAAGAUAAUGUUGUUCUGACCUACUGAAAAUGUUUAUGUGGCAUAGAUAACAGUCGCUCUGGAUAAGAGCGUCUGCUAAAUGAUGUAAAUGUAAUGAACACUUUUAAAUUAAUAUUCAUUCCUAUUACAGAGAAACCAAGCCCACCAUUGAACUUCAACUACACUGACCAGACCAAGAACUCUGUCCAGCUGACAUGGGAGACCCCCGCCAGCAAUGGAGGAAGCAUGAUCACUGGCUACAUUAUUCAGAAGUGUGAGGAUGGAACAGACAAGUGGCUCAGAUGCAAUGCCAGGCUCUGUCAGGACCUUAACUACAAGGUAUUUGCCACUUUCUUUUUUCAAGCAGUGAAAUUUGCUUGUUCCCAGUCUGUUCAAUUUGUAUUGUCAUUUGUAUUGAUUCCCCUGCCUCAUUACAUUGUACUGAUUGACUUUUGUUGUUGUCCUAGGUAUCUGGACUGAAGCAGGGGAUGAAGUACCACUACAGAGUGUGCGCAGAGAACGCAGCCGGAGUUUCAGAUCCAGCUGAUAAGCUUGGACCGCUCUUGGCAGACGAUUGUCAUGGUGUGUUGUUAUUCAACGUUAACUUAAAACUGAGAAAACAGAUACUAGAACUUAAUUUGGUUUAAAAAAUAAAUACAAAAUCCAAACAUGUAAUGUGGUUGUAAACAUAGUUUUUUUUUCGUUUUAGUUGGACCUUCCAUGGAUCUCAGUGGAUUUAAGGAUGGCCUGGAGGUCAUUGUUCCUCAUCCACUUGUUAUCCGCGUCCCUCUUCUUGGAUAUCCCACACCCACCGCCAAGUGGAGCUGUGGUGAUAAAGAGCUCACUGCUGGUGACCGUGUGUCCAUGGUUACAAGAAGCACCUACACAGAACUGACAGUUGCUCCAAGUGUGCGUCCAGACAAAGGCACAUACACUCUGCACCUGGAGAAUGAUGUUACCAGUGCCUUUGGAGAAAUUGAAGUAAAUGUUAUUGGUAAGUGAUACCCUUGUGAUGAAAAAACAACUAGUCUUCAUGUUACCAACUUAAAUAAUAUGUUACAGCCCUCUCACCAUGUUGUAGAACUGGCAGUAUUUACUAAUUAUUUGCUAUUUUUGUUUAGCAUCCCCAAGUGCACCCAAAGACUUCAAGGUUUCCGAGGUGACAAGACACCAUGUGCACCUGAUGUGGGAGGCACCAGAGCAUGACGGAGGAAGCCCAGUUAUUGGCUACCAAAUUGAAAAGAAGGAAGUGUCCCGCAAGACCUGGGUCAAGGUAUAUCUUAUGAGUACACUUGGAAUUACAAAUUAGUGUUCCUAUAACCAUAACCACUAAGGAAUAAAUGUGUCUAUAUGUAUAUGCUCUCCAUUCAUCCUAUCACUAACUUAUAUUGUGAUUACUUUUUCAGGUUUGCAUGGGUGUACAGGACCUGGAGUUCACUGUGGCAGAUGUCAUUGAAGGCAAAGAGUAUUUGUUCAGUGUUACUGCUAUCAACAAGUGUGGCCCAGGAGAGCCUGCCUACAUUGACGAGCCAGUCAACGUGUCCUCCCCUGCCAGUGAGUACUUAUUCUUCUCAGAGACUGAUAACAGUAACAAAUGUUUUUGUACACUUAAACUAAAUCAUACACAAUCUCUACCACGAUCGGAAAAUGUAAACCAUGUGUUUGUUCACAGCUGUGCCGGAUCCACCUGAGAACCUGAAAUGGAGAGACAAGUCAGGAAAGGGCAUCUUCCUGUACUGGGAGCCACCCAAGUACGACGGCGGAGCGUCAAUCAAGAGCUACGUUGUAGACAAAUGCCAGCGUGGCACAGACAAGUGGGAGCCAUGUGGAGACCCACUGCCUGAGCUGAAGUAAGAUCCUAAUCUCUAUCAUUGUUACUCUAAAUUAGUGUUGUACUAAGCCUGAGAUUCAAUCAGAUUUAGAUUUCUGGAUAAUGUACAUUUCCUGAUAGUUUUUAUUUAUUUCAGAAGUGUGUUUAAUUUGCAAUUGAACCCCAUGCUGAAUCUUUUCAGUGACUAAAUAAUACUAAAACUGACAGUUAAUCAUGUUCUAUUAACAAUGGAAGGGAGAAUACGUAUUUUCUCAGUUUAACUGGAUUGUUGGUUCCCUUUAGAUUCCAGGUGACAGGUCUGAUUGAGGGACAGUGGUAUGCCUACCGUGUGAGGGCCGUCAACAGGCUGGGAGCCAGCAAUCCCUGCAGGGCUACAGAUGAGAUCCUGGCUGUUGAUCCUAAAGGUAAUGUAUAUAAUCAUGAUAAUAAUACGUAGGAUUUACAUAGCUAUUUUCUGAAACCUAAAGACACGUGUCCUGAGUUACAAACUCUCAUUGGUUUGUUGCAGAAAUCUCACUUUGUUUCCAAUUGAUCCCAACAGAGCCUCCAGAGAUUCAACUGGACGUGAAGUUGCUGGCUGGUUUGACAGCCAGAGCCGGAACCAAGAUUGAGCUUCCAGCUGAUAUUGUUGGAAAGCCCGAACCCAAGGUAAAAUGGACCAAGGCUGACCUGGUCCUGAAGGGAGAUGAUCGCAUCACCAUCAAUACCAAGACGGGAAACUCCACUUUGUCUUUCGCCAAAACCGUCAGAGAAGACACAUCUACCUACAUCAUUGAGGCAGUCAACAGCAGUGGUCGUGCUACCGCAACUGUUGAUGUCAACAUUCUUGGUACGAUAUAUUUUUUCCCCUAUUUAAUUUUUUUAUUUAAUUUUUUUAUUUAACCUUUAUUUAACUAGGCAAGUCAGUUAAGAACAAAUUCUUAUUUACAAUGACGGCCUACUAAAAGGCAAAAGGCCUCCUGCGGGGACGGGGGCUGGAAUAAAAAAUAAAAAUAUAGGACAAAACACACAUCACGACAAGAGAGACACCACAACACUACAUAAAGAGAGACCUAAGACAACAGCAUAGCAUGGCAGCAACACAUGACAACACAGCAUGGUAGCAACACCACAUGACAACAUGGUAGCAACACAACAUGGCAGCAGCACAACAUGGUAUCAGCACAAAACAUGGUACAAACAUUAUUGGGCACAGACAACAGCACAAAGGCAAGAAGGUAGAGACAACAAUACAUCACGUGAAGCAGCCACAACUGUCAGUAAGAGUGUCCAUGAUUGAGUCUUUGAAUGAAGAGAUGAAGAUAAAACUGUCCAGUUUGAGUGUUUUUUGCAGCUUGUUCCAGUCGCUAGCUGCAGCGAACUAAAAAAAGGAGUGACCCAGGGAUGUGUGUGCUUUGGGGACCUUUAACAGAAUUAGACUGGCAGAACGGGUGUUGUAUGUGGAGGAUGAGGGCUGCAGUAGGUAUCUCAGAUAGGGGGGAGUGAGGCCUAAGAUGGUUUUAUAAAUAAGCAUCACCCAGUGGGUCUUGCGACAGGUAUAUAGAGAUGACCAGUUUACAGAGGAGUAUAGAGUGCAGUGAUGUGUUCUAUAAAGAGCAUUGGUGGCUAAUCUGAUAGCCGAAUGGUAAAGAACAUCUAGCUGCUCGAGAGCACCCUUACCUGCCGAUCUAUAAAUUACAUCUCCGUAAUCUAGCAUGGGUAGGAAGUUCAUCUGAAUCAGUUAGUUUGGCACGUCCAGUUCAAUCUCUGGAGGCUCUGUUGGGAUCAAUUGGAAACAAAGUGAUAGGAAUCCUGAUUUAAUGAAGUGGUAAUUAAAGAGUUCAGCCACAUCAUCAACAUUAAGGGACAUGGGGAGCUGUGAGGAGGAGGGUAUAUUCUCUAGGUCUUUAACGUUUUCCAGAACUUCUUGGGGUUAGACCCACGGAGAGAGAACUGCUCCUUAAAGUAACUAACUUUGGCCUUCCGGAUAGCCUGAGUGCACUUAUUUCUAAUUUGCCUGAACGAGAGCCUGUCAGCCUGAGUAUGAAUGUGCCCAGCCUUUCGCCAAAUGGAAUUCUUGAGGUGGAGUAACUCUGCUAGAUCAUGGUCGAACCAGGGGCUGAACCUGUUAUUAAUUCUCAUUUUCUUUGGGGCCUCCCGAGUGGCGCAGUGGUCUAAGGCACUGCAACGCAGUGCUAGAGGCGUCACUACAGAUCCGUGUUCAAUCCCGGGCUGUGUCACGGCCGGCCGUGAUCAGGAGACCCAUGAGGCGGCGCACAAUUGGCCCAGCGUCGUCCGGGUUAGUGGAGGGUUUGGCCGGCUGGGAUGUCCUUGUCCCAUCGCGCUCUAGCGACUCCUUGUGGCGGCCGGGCGCAUGCACGCUGGCUUCGGCUGGCUUCGGCUGGCUUCCGGGUUAAACGAUUAGUGUGUCAAGAAGCAGUGCGGCUUGGCGGUGUCGUGUUUUGGAGGACGCAUGGCUCUCGACCUUCGCCUCUCCCGAGUCCGUACGGGAGUUGCAGCAAUGGGACAAGGCUGUAACUACCAAUUGGAUAUCACGAAAUUGGGGAGAAAAAGCGGUAAAAACACAAUCCCCCCCCAGAAAAUACUAUAUCUAUUUGUCUUUAUGGGGGCGUGUUUGUUAACAAUACCACAGAAAAUAUAAAAAAAAGAAGGUCCAAGCGUCUUCGACAGAGGGGAUCAAGCUGAUUCUAUACCAAUUUACAGAGGCCAGGUCAUGAAGGAAGGCUUGCUUGCUCAUUUACGUUUUCUAGCAAGCGUCUAUGACAAAUCAGGACAGGCCGUUUCACUGAGCAGCCAUUACGAACACAGGCUGUAAAACAGUGAUCACUAAGGUCAUUACAGAAAACGCCAGACUGAUACCUAUCAGGAUUAUUUGUGAGGAUAACAUCAAGGAGUAGCCUAUUCUGGGUGUUUGGAGUCAUACCUUGUGGGAUUGGUAAUAAUCUGAGAAGGAUUUAGGGAGUCCCAUUGCUUUAUGACUUGGUCAGGUGGUUUAAGCAUGUCCCAGUUUAGGUCACCUAGCAGGACAAAUUCAGACUUAGUGUAACGGGCCAGGAGAGAGUUUCGGGCAGGUAGGGUACAGGCCAGUGCUGAUGGUUGACGAUGACACCUAGCAACAGUCAACAAAUAGCUAUUUGAAAGUUGAAUGUUUAAAACCAGCAAAUCAAAUUGUUUGGGGACAGACUUGGUGGAGACAACCGAGCACUGAAGGUGUUCCUUGGUAAAGAUUGCCACUCCACCACCAGAAGGUUAUAACCAGAAAGGCUAACAUCAGUGUUCAAAACACUCUUUCUUAACCACGUCUCAGUAAUGACCAACACAUCUGAAUGUCAAUAUAAUACAUCUGAAAAAAUAUAAUUAAUUUACAACUUUGGAACAAUUAAUCAAUAUUUAUUUUAAUGUUCUUCCAUAUUUAAAAAAAUGUAUGUUCAUAACAAUAUGUUAAUGUCACCCAAUAGAUAAGCCUGGUCCUCCAGCUGCGUUUGAUAUCUCUGAGAUCACCAACCACUCCUGCUACCUGGCCUGGAACCCUCCCAGAGACGACGGAGGUUCUGUCGUCACCAACUACAUCGUGGAGCUCAGACCCUUCGAAAAAGAGGAGUGGACCAAACUGUCAUCCACUGUGAAACAAACCACCUUCAAUGCCACCAAACUCACCCCUCUGAAGGAAUACGUCUUCAGAGUGCAGGCUGAGAACCAGUACGGCAUCGGCGCCCCUAAUGAGCAUGUGCCAAUCAUUGCCAAAUACUCCUUUGGUACGUUAUCUACUAUCUUACAUUUAUGUUGUCAAUGUAAUAUACUUUAUAUGCUGUAAUUAAUUAAACAUAGUCCUCUGUUCUAUUAUGACAUUAUAUAUGUGUUGCUGUUGUCUUUUAGAUCCUCCUGGUGCUCCAUCCAGAUUGCAGCCCUCUGAUAUUGCUAAGGACUCUCUGACUCUGACAUGGUAUGAACCUGAUGAGGAUGGUGGCAGUCCUAUCACUGGGUACUGGAUCGAGAGGUUCGACCCAGAAAAUGACAAAUGGAUCAGAUGCAACAAGCUGCCCAUCAAGGACAUCACCUUCAGGUACAGUUGGCCUGUUUAGGUUCUAUAAUUAUACUAUAAUAUAAUAUACUAUAGUUAACUAUUAUAUUUCCUUUUUUCGAUUUUGUAUGUGUAUAUCCACAGUCUUAUCAAAUAUGUCUAUACGUUAAUUUCAGGGUGAAGGGCCUGCCUACCAAGAAGAAGUACAGGUUCCGUGUCUUGGCCGAGAAUCUUGCAGGACCAGGAAAACCAAGCACUGAGACUGAUCCAGUCUUGGUCAAGGAUCCAAUUGGUAUGUUGUGUUAUAUAGAUAAUUUAGUUAUAUUCUUUUCAUACAUGAAAAAGAUAACUAUAUCAUUUCAAGAAAACAUGCAAAAUAAGAAAUCUUCAUAAACUUGUCAUUUUACUUGUAUUCCAGAUCCUCCAUGGGCUCCUGGCAAACCCUUCAUCAGAGAAAUAGCUAAGACAUCUGCCUCCCUGCAAUGGACCAGGCCAGAGCACGAUGGUGGUGCCAAGAUCGAGGGCUACAUCAUUGAGUUCCUGAAGACUGGCACCGAAGCAUGGAUCAGAGCAGCAGAGGAUGUGCCCCAGACUGAGCACUUCCUGAAGGGUUUGAUGGAGAAACAGGAGUACUCCUUCAGAGUCAAGGCCGUCAACUGCGCAGGAGAGAGUGAGCCCAGUGACCCAAGCGAUCCUGUGGUCUGCAAGGAAAGACUCUGUAAGUCAUGAUGCUCAACUCCCUCAAUUAGGCUUAGAGCAGGGUUCCCCAACUGGUGGCCCGCUGGCCGAAUUUGAUCAUGGGUGAUUUUAUUUGGCCCCCCUAGUUUGAUGAAAAAUAAAAGACUGUAAAAACAUCAGCAAAUCAGCUCCAAAGUAUUCCCAGGCAUAAUAGAGAGAUAUAUGUGAUCAUAUACAAAUGUAAGCAAGGUUUGAAAUUAUUAUGUUUUAGUGAAAUAUUAUAUCUGUUUGGUCUUCUUGCGGUGACAUUGCAGUCUCCAAAUUAUUUGUAAUUAUGUUCCGGCCCCCUGACCAUCCGCUCAAGAAAAAAUCAAGCCGCGGCUGAAUCUAGUUGAUGAUUCCUGGCUUAGAGAGACAAUACCAGUUUGAUUAAUAUUUGGAAUUGGAAAUUAUAUGAGCUUCAUUAUGCCUUUUCUAUUCAACAGAUCCUCCAUCACCUCCUCAAUGGCUUGAGGUGACCAACAUCACAAAGAUCAACGCUGACCUGAAGUGGCAGGCUCCUGACAACGAUGGUGGCUCUCCAAUCACCAACUACGUUGUUGAGAAGAGGGACGUCAGGCGUAAGACCUGGACUGCAGUGGACACCACUGUGAAGGAGCUGAAGUACACUGUCACUCCACUGAACGAGGGCUCUCUCUAUGUGUUCCGUGUGGCUGCUGAGAACGCAGUAGGACAGAGUGAUUACUGUGAACUGGAAGACUCUGUUUUGGCUAAAGAUACUUUCAGUACGUUUCUAUCCUAUCCCGCUUCAGUCAUUCUGUUGUUGGUGUAAUAGCUUUAAACAUGGAGAAUUAAAGUCAAUGGAGUAGUUCUUACAACUUAUAAACUUUGCUUUCAUCUUUUUCCUUCCAGCCACUCCUGGGCCACCCUAUGCCUUGACUAUUGUGGAGGUGUCCAAGAGACACGUUGAACUGAAAUGGGAAGCUCCAAAGAGUAAUGGUGGGAGACCCAUUACAAAGUAAGUGAAUAACAAACUUGUAACUGUCUGUCAGGUGUCAGUGUGCAGCGGUAGGACGGAGUCAGGCGUAGGACACAGAACUGAGUAAUAGACGAACUUUACUCAAAAAACAACAAAUCUAAUUUCCACGCAGGGAAAUACAUCAGCUCACAGCAGUAUAAACACCAAACAAAGAACAAUCACGCACAACACCAUGAGGGAACCAGAGGGUUAAAUAGGGAAACAAAUUAACGUGAUGGGAACCAGGUGUGUAUAAUACAGACAAAACAAAUGGAAAACAGAAACGUAGAUCGGUGGCAGCUAGAAAGCCGGUGACGACGACCGCCGAUAGCCACCCGCACAAGGAGAGGCACCAACUUCAGCGGAUGUCGUGACAGUACCCCCCCUUGACGCGCGGCUCCAGCAGUGCGGCGACACCGACCUCGGGGACGACCCGGAGGACGAGGCGCAGGACGAUCUGGGUGGAGACUCCAGAUUGCGGUGGUCAGUCAAAAUGAGGAAAGGGUGUUUAGCCCCCUCAAGCCAAUGUCUCCACGCCUUCAGAGCCUUGACAACAGCUAACAGCUCCCGGUCCCCCAUAUCAUAGUUUUGCUCCGCCGGGCUGAGCUUCUUCGAAAAGAAAGCACAGGGGCGGAGCUUUGGUGGCGUACCCGAGCGCUGAGACAGCACAGCUCCUAUCCCAGCCUCGGACACGUCCACCUCUACUAUGAAUGCUAAGGAGGGAUCCGGAUGAGCCAGCACGGGAGCCGAAGUAAACAGAGCCUUCAGGUGACCAAAAGCCCUGUCCGCCCCAGCUGACCACUGCAGUCGCACCGGUCCCCCUUUCAGCAAGGAGGUAAUGGGAGCCGCUACCUGACCAAAGCCCCGGAUAAACCUCCGGUAGUAGUUGGCAAACCCUAAGAACCGCUGCACUUCCUUUACCGUGGUUGGAGUCGGCCAAUUACGCACGGCUGAAAUGCGGUCAUUCUCCAUCUCCACCCCUGAUGCGGACAGGCGGUGCCCUAGAAAGGAGACGGACUGUUGGAGGAACAGACAUUUCUCAGCCUUGACGUACAGAUCAUGCUCCAACAGUCGACCAAGCACCUUGCGCACCAGGGACACAUGCUCGGCGCGUGUAGCGGAGUAUAUGAGAAUGUCAUCUAUAUACACCACUACACCCUGCCCGUGCAGGUCCCUGAAGAUCUCUUCUACAAAGGAUUGGAAGACUGAUGGAGCAUUCAUCAACCCGUACGGCAUGACGAGGUACUGAUAGUGCCCAGAGGUGGUACUAAAUGCCGUCUUCCACUCAUCCCCCUCCCGGAUACGCACCAGGUUGUACGCGCUCCUGAGAUCCAGUUUUGUGAAGAAGCGCGCCCCGUGCAAUGACUCGGUCACACUGGCUAUGAGAGGCAACGGGUAACUGAACUUCACCGUGAUCUGAUUUAUACCCCGAUAGUCAAUGCACGGGCGUAAACCUCCAUCCUUCUACUUCACAAAAAAGAAACUCAAGGAGGCAGGUGAAGUGGAAGGCCAAAUGUAUCCCUGUCCCAGAGAUUCGGAGACAUAUGUUUCCAUAGCCGCCGUCUCCUCCUGUGACAGAGGAUACACGUGACUCCUGGGAAGUGCUGCGUCUACCUGGAGAUUUAUCGCACAAUCCCCCCGUCGAUGGGGUGGUAAUUGAGUCGCCUUCUUUUUACAGAAGGUGAGAGCCAAAUCGGCAUAUUCAGGGGGAAUGUGCAUGGGGGAGACCUGGUUUGGACUUUCCACCGAAGUUGCACCUACGGAAACACCUACACACCUCCCUGAGCACUGACGUGACCAUCCCUUCAGAGCCCUCUGUUGCCACGAAAUAGUGGGGUCAUGAUGGGCCAACCAGGGAAGCCCCAACACCACAGGAAACGCAGGAGAAUCAAUCAGGAAGAGACUAAUGCUCUCCUCAUGACCCUCCUGCGUUAUCAUACAUAGUGGAGCUGUGACCUCCCUAAUCAGGCCCGAUCCUAAAGGAUGACUAUUUAAGGCAUGUACAGGAAAGGGCACAUCAACAGGAACAAUAGGGAUCCCUAAUCUAAGUGCAAAUGCACGGUCAAUAAAGUUCCCAGCUGCGCCUGAAUCUACUAGCGCCUUAUGCUGGGAAUGCGGGGAAAACUCCGGAAACUUUAUACAGACAUACAUGUGCGCAACAGGGAGCUCUGGGUGAGUCGGUGCCUACUCACCUGGGAUGAUCCACCAGUGCCCUGCCUGCUGCCUCACCUCCCUGGGGAACCUCCCCAGCACCGACCAGCAGUGUGCCCUCUGCGGCCACACUUGGUGCAGGAAACGCCCCCCCCUCCCGUCACCCUUAGAGCAGCACCUCCGAGCUCCAUAGGGGUAGGGUCGGAGGUGCUGGGAGAUGGAAUGGACGGACCCUGAUCCGGACGUCCACGGGUGGCCAACAGGCUAUUCAGCCGGAUGGAUAAAUCCACCAGCUGGUCGAGUGUAAGUGUGGUGUCCCUGCAGGCCAGCUCCCGACGAACGUCCUCCCGUAGACUACACUGGUAAUGGUCGAUCAGUGCCCUCUCAUUCUAUCCCCUGCUGGCAGCCAGGGUCCUGAAGUCCAGAGCGAAGUCCUGUGCGCUCCUCUUCCCCUGUCUGAGAUGGAACAAGCGUUCCCCCACCGCUCUCCCCUCAGGCGGAUGAUCAAAGACCGCCCGGAAACGGCGGGUGAAAUCCUCGUAGCGAACCAACGUAGCGUCUAUCCCUCCCCAUUCAGCGUUGGCCCAUUCCAGCGCUUUCCCCGACAAACAGGAGACGAGGGCAGACACUCUCUCGUAACCCGAGGGAGCCGGGUGGACGGUCGCCAGGUAGAGCUCUACCUGGAGCAGGAACCCCUGGCACCCGGAAGCCGUCUCAUCAUAGGCCUUCGGGAGCGAGAGCCGAAUUCCACUGGGUCCAGGUAACGGAGGGGUGGACAGCGGUGUGGGUUGAGGUGAAGUUGAUGGGGUUGUGGGAAAACCCUCUCUCUCCCAUCGCUCCAUGGUGUGCAGCACGCGAUCCAUGGCUGUGCCCAGAUUGUGGAGCAUCGUCGCAUGCUGCUGGAUGCGCUCCUCCACCGGUAACGGAGGAUUGGGUGCACCUGCUGACUCAAUAUGUGGGGCGUGAUUCUGUCAGGUGUCAGUGUGCAGCAGUAGGACGGAGUCAGGCGCAGGACACAGAACUGAGUAAUAGACAAACUUUACUCGAAAAACAACAAAUCUAAUUUCCACGCAGGGAAAUACAUCAGCUCACAGCAGUAUAAACACCAAACAAAGAACAAUCACGCACAACACCAUGAGGGAACCAGAGGGUUAAAUAGGGAACCAGAUUAACGUGAUGGGAACCAGGUGUGUACAAUACAGACAAAACAAAUGGAAAACAGAAACGUAGAUCGGUGGCAGCUAGAAGGCCGGUGACGACGACCGCCGAUAGCCGCCCGCACAAGGAGAGGCACCAACUUCGGCGGAAGUCGUGACAUUGUCUAUAUGUUUGUCAUGACAGUGAUUUUGUAUUUAAGUAAUUUUAAACCGUUUAAAAAUAAUACAUACCAUUUGCUUUCUAGGUACGUCAUUGAGAAGAAAGAGAAACUUGGAACCCGCUGGGUGAAGUCUGGAAAGACUCCCGACGCUCUGUGCACCUACAAAGUCACAGAUGUGGAUGAGGGCACUGAGGUUCAGUUCCAGGUCCGUGCUGAGAAUGAGGCUGGUGUUGGACACCCUAGUGAACCAACAGAAGUAGUCACCAUUGAGGAUGCUACAAGUGAGUUGUCUGUUACAUUCUCAAUGUAUAUUCAUGUUAUACUGUAGUAUGAUUAUUUAGUAUAACUUUGUCUUGGCAUGGCAAAGGCAAUCACUAUUAGGAAGGAAAAGGUGCAACUCUUGCUCACACCUCAAGACACCUCGUCUCACGUUGGUUGAGUGCCUUCUACUACUUUUCAAAGGCAACCAAUAUGAAUAAUGUAUUUCUUCUUCUUCCCAGGUCCACCAUCUCCUCCUGUUGACUUGGUCAUAGUUGGUGCCAGCAGAGAGCAUAUCAACAUUACCUGGAAUGUACCAUUGAAGAAUGGAGGGAGCCCCAUCACAGGAUACCAUGUUGAGCUCCGUGAGGCUAAAGCUGAGAAGUGGAUGAGAAUCAACACUCGCCCAGUCAAGGAGCUCAAAUACAAAGCAGAGGAAAGCAUCAAGCCAGAGAAACAAUAUGUUCUGAGAGUCCGUGCCAUCAACUCUAUUGGUGUCAGCGAUCCUUCUGCCAUUUCUGAGAAGGUCUUUGCCAAGGAUCCAGACUGUAAGCAUACUUACCAUACCCCAAAGUGUCAAAUGAAAAUAAAUGUAAUGCCACUUAUUGAAAAUAAAUGGGAAGUAAAAUAUACAUCUCUUUAUCCCCUCUCUAAGGUAUUCCUACUAUGGAUAUGGAGGCCCUAGACAUUGUAGUGGUUGAGGGUGACAAGCUGCAUAUCAACAUCCCAUACACGGCCAUCCCCAAACCAGAGAUGGUCUGGAGCAAAUUCCACACAGAUACUGCCUCUGGCACAAAGUUACAGAAUGACGACAGACUGUUGAUGACUUGUGAGCUCAACAGCGUCCACCUGGAAGUGAUGAAGUGUGUGCAUGAUGAUGCUGGAGAAUACUCUGUCACUCUGGAGAACGCGAUCGGAACAGCCACCAGAAUCAUCAACGUUAAAGUUAUUGGUAAGAUUCACAUAAAGUUUUCACUUUAAUUCUUCACUGUGAAAAUAUUUGGUGUUAAAACAGACUGUAUAGCAUAUUCUGCGUUAUAUUCACAGGUCUGCCCGGCCAAUGCAAGGACAUCAAUGCGGAUGAGAUCACUAAGAACUCCUGCAAGCUGACAUGGGAGGCUCCAGAGAGUGAUGGUGGUACUCCUAUUCUCCACUACGUUCUGGAGCGUAGAGGGGCUUCUAAUAAGACUUUCAGGCCUCUGAUGUCAGGAGAAAACAUCCUGACCUACCAAGUCAACGAUCUCAAGCUGAACGAAGAGUAUCACUUCCGGGUCAAGGCCGUCAACAAGGUCGGCUCUGGGCUAUUCCUGGAGCUCCGCAACCCUGUCAUCACUAUGGAAGUGAAACGUAAGAGUUCUGGAACACUUUCCAACUUUUCACAGUUGGUUAAAAUUGCUUGAUAGUUUCUUCACCACCUUUUUUAAAGGAGCAGGAAUGCAUUAUAUAGGAGAAUGUGUUGGAUGUAUGAACCCAUCUAGGCUCCAUGGAUUAUGGAUUGCAGAGAUAUGUAUUGAUGUUAUUUUUCCUGUUUUGUUAUUUACAGAGAAACCAGAUCCACCCAUUGAUGUUGAGGCUCAUGAUCCAACCGACAACUCUAUCACACUGACCUGGAAACCACCAGUGUCUGACGGGGGUUGCGCCAUCACUGGCUACAUCCUGGAAAGCAUUGAGAAGGAUGGUGAUAGAUUCCAGAGAAUCAACCCAUCCCUGGUGCCUGGUUUCACGUAUGUGGUGAAGGAUCUGAACGAAGGCAAAGAGUAUCAGUUCCGUGUUCGCGCUGAGAACGCUGCUGGAGUCAGUGAGCCAUCUCGCAGCACUCCACUGACCAUGAUCGCUGCUCCCAUUGGUAUGGCUACCUUUUUGACAUUGUUUGUUUCAUUUUUGUUUGUUAUUUGUUCUGUAUUGUAAAACGCCUUUUGGGUCCUUGAAAAGCGCUCCAAAUGGACUCCAUGAAGUUCAUUAGCGUCUGAUGUACACCAAUUUGAAAGAUCAAUGGCUAGAUUCUAUCAGAUCCGUGCUAGACAACACCCACAUAGCGGUUGUUUUACCGGUGUCGGAGAUGGAACUGCGUUAGAGCUGUGAAAUUCACAAGCAGCUCCUUGUUACCUUAUCGUGGAAACUGCCAUUGGAUUCAACAAAAACCACACCCAACUUUAUAUCCGACAAAUCCCAUGCAUCCGCGUUAGAAGUUCAUGCAGCUGCGUUACAAGUUCAAACACACUAAUGCGUGAUGUUCUAUUGUCUACACCUCGAUUAGACUGAUAGGCUAUAAAUCCCCCCAUCCAAAUGAACAUGAAAACAUGUAUUAGCCUGUCAUUAUCUCUGUCAUCGAUAGAGCCUAUACUAUAUUGCUGUUUUGAACUUCUAAUGCAGUAUAGGGAUAAUAAGGAAGGGAGUGGUUGGUGACACACAAGAGCAGCUGCUCACUGAUUGGUCAGCUCAUAUCACAGUUACACCUCCAACACGCUAUGUGGAUGUCUGACUGAAUUCAGGCCGAAGUGUACGUCUAAUAAUAACAUGUAGUUUAACCCAUAAAAAUAGAAUGAAUAGAACAGGCUUGGAAGCUCUAACCCUGGCAAUGUGACUGGUAAACUCAUGGGUACACUCACAAUGGCUGCCUGGUCUUGUGAUGCAAUCAUUUCAGUUGAGUUGACUCAACAAAUCACAGCACAGAUUGAAGGGUACAUUUCCUGCUUUUACUUCCUGACAUGGGUACACUCAAAAUGGCUACCAGUUUACCCAUUAUGCCAUCAUUGACUUGAAUGGGGACACCCAUUCUAUUCAAUCGAUGUAUAUGGUUUAGCCUUUAUGUUGUCUGUUUCAGAAAAACCCAAGGUGUCCCUCCAUGCUCGCCUGCAGCCCGGCCUGUGCAUCAGGAAGGGAGAAGAGAUCCGCCUGGACGCCUACAUCUCUGGCGCCCCAUACCCAACUGUCACCUGGCUCAGAAACAAUGAAGACGUCAAGAAGGUACCAGAGAAGAAGCCAGUACAGCCUAUUCUGAAGAAGAAGAAGGGGGGCAAGGUUGAACCUGAAGAACCUGAGGUGUUUGUAACCCCUCUCCAUGAGCGUCUUUCCUAUGGUGUAAAGAAGGGCGAGACCUCAAUCACGGUGCGAGACUCCAUCAGAACUGACCACGGUCGCUUCUGCAUCCAGGUCGAGAACUCUCAUGGCGUUGCAACUGCAUACUGUGACGUCAACGUCCUUGGUAAGCCAAUGGUCCUCAUCACAAUCUAUUUUCAGGCAUUUUUGAGAACUAUACUUACUUAAUAAUUUUUCUCCUAAGCCAUCAACAACAGUUUUGACAUUCUCUUUUCUAUGAUUUGUACAGAUAAGCCUGGUCCUCCAGUGAACUUUGUCUUUGAGGAGAUCAGGGACACCUCUGUCAUCUGCAAGUUCGACCCUCCUCUUGACGAUGGUGGCAGUGAGAUCCUGAACUACAUCCUUGAGAAGAAAGACAACAAGAACGAAGAUAUCGGAUGGAUCACGGUAACUUCAACCCUCAAGGUUUGCAACUAUCCUGUUACCAAACUGAUUGAAGGAAAGGAGUACAUCUUCCGUGUUACCGCUGAGAACAAGUUCGGCUGUGGACCUUCAUGUCUCUCUGAGCCACUCGUUGCCAAGAACCAAUUCGGUAAAUAUCUGCAAUUAUAUUUCUGUUUUCCCUUUACUAUCAGUUAUAAACGUUUGUUGAAAUGUGUAUUUUCCCUUUACUAUCACUGGUAAAAGUGUUUGUUUUUGUAAUUAACUGCCAAUUACAACAUUAUUCUACUUUUUCCCCUUCUCUACUUUCAAGAUCCACCCGAUGCUCCAAACACACCCAGAAUUGGAGAGGUGACUGCCAACAGUGUGUUCAUCUCCUGGCAUGAGCCCAAGGACAACGGUAGUCCCAUCCUGGGCUACUGGAUUGAGAGGAAGGAAAUCAACAGCAAACACUGGACUAGGGUGAACCGCUUCCUGCUCAAUUCCCUCUCUGUGAAGAUUGAGGGUCUUAUGGAAGGCCUGGUAUACAUAUUCAGAGUCUGUGCUGAGAAUCUGGCUGGCCCCGGACCCUUCAGUGUCCCAACUGAUCCCCAGAUUGCUAUGGAUCCAAUCUGUAAGUUUAUCUAAGAAUAGAAUAGAUACCAACACUACAAUCUAUGGUGGAAUCCUAACUUCAAUUUAUUUUUAUUACUUAGUCAAGCAUUGAUGUCAAUGGUAGAUUAUGUGAAAAUUUUAUAUAAGUGGAAGUUAGGAUUCGCAUCUAUAUGCCUUAGUUGACACACUAUCAUCAAUAUUAUAAGCAUUGACUCGUUAUCUCUUUCUGCCUCUACAGUGCCACCUGGCCCACCCACUCCAAGAGUUCUUGAUACCUCUGCGACAACAGUUGAUAUCGCCUGGGUUCCUCCCCUGUACAAUGGAGGAGGAGAUAUCCUUGGCUACCAUGUUGAGAGUGUUCUUGCUGGAGAGAAGGAAUGGAAACGUAGUACAGAGUUCAGAUGCAAGGAGCUGAAGUACACAGUGACUGGGCUGACAGAGGGCGCUGACUAUUACAUCCGUGUUAUUGCUGUCAAUGACGCCGGACCGGGAGCACCUGGCAUGACUGAACCAGUCACUGUGAAGGAGCCUCAAGGUAUCUAUCAAUCAAUCAAUCAAUCAAAUGUAAUAAAGCCCUUUUUAUAUCAGCAGUUGUCACAUAGUGCUUUACAAUAACCCGGCGUUGACCCCAGAUAACAAGCCAGUUAACUCAUAUAGUGCAAUCAUUCAGCUCAACCAUUUAGCUCAACCAGUCAGCUCAUAUGGUGCAAAUAUGUCAUAUAAGAUUUUUUAUUUUUUUACUGACCUACAGUGUACUCAUGAAACAAACAUUUCUAUGUCUAUGUCCCCAGAGCCCCCAGUGGUUGACUUUGAUGCCUCUGUGAAGAACGGAGUCAUCAUCAAAGCCGGCGAGGCACUGAGACUGCCAGCGUUCGCCAUCGGCAGACCACAACCAGAAGUGAAAUGGAUGAAGGAUGAGGCUGAAACUGACAAAGAGCAUGUUGUGAUCGAAACAGAAGGAAAGAACAGCCUUCUGUUCAUCAAGUACGCCAAGAGAACCGAUCACGGAAAGUACCAGAUCUCUGGAACCAACAGCAGUGGAACCAAGUCUGCUGUCACUAGAGUUGACGUCAUGGGUAAGUGUGCAAGCAAUCAGAGGAGGAGUGCUGAUCUAGGAUCCCACUGUCCAUACAAUCUUGUUCAUUAUAAUCUAAAAGCCUAAACUGAUCCUAGAUCAGCACUACUAUUCUGAGACACUUUAUGAAUACAGGCCAUAGUUCUCCUAUCUUGAAAUUUCUCAUCCUCUUAAUUUUGACCCUUUUGUGUGGUUGUAACUAGAUGUCCCUGGGCCUGUGGUUAAUCUGAAGACUACUCAUGUCACCAAGAAGAACAUCAGCUUGAGCUGGGCAGAUCCUCUGGAUAACGGUGGCAGUGAUGUCAUCGGCUACGUAGUGGAGAGAAAGGAUGCGAAGAUGCAGCUAUUCAGACAACCUAUCGAGACUGCUUCAUGCAAGUGUGACAUUCAGGGUUUGCUUUCAGAGGAAGAGUAUGAUUUCCGUGUUUUCGCAAGGAACAAGUACGGUGAUGGCGCCCCAACGGACAUUGGGCAUAUUCUGGCUUCGGAUCCCAAAGGUAUGACAAAUGAAGAAAAUUGCGUUAUUGGAAAAAAAGCUCAUUCAAAGAUGUUAGAAUUUGAUCUGGUUCUAAGACGUAUUACAUUGUUUGUGGAGAAUCUACGAUCCCAAUGUGCUGGAGUGUCUUUCUUUUUAUAUACAGAUUUUAACAUCUAAAAAUGAUUCUGAAAAUGUACUCCUCUCUUCCUUUCAGCUGUUCCAUCUCCACCAUUGAAACUGCACUACACCGAGAGGUGGACGACUGCUAUUGCUCUUGCUUGGGAGCCACCUCGCAGCGAUGGAGGCAGCCCAAUCACGGGUUACUAUGUUGAGAAGAUGAGAGCAGAUGGAACUGAGUUUGACGUGGCCAAUCGCAAGCUCUGCACAGACUUACACAUCAAAUUGGAGAACCUAUCAGAGAACCACGUGUAUCAGUUCCGUGUGUUUGCCGUGACUGAGGUGGGAGAGGGCGAACGCUCCAAACCAAUCAGUGCUAACAUACAGGAUGAUGAAAGUAAGUAAUGUUACACUCUUCUAUAAACCCUACCAUAAACCAUAUAUUUGUCUUGGAUAAUAAAGCAACCACAGUAAACUGCUUUUUUGUAUUCAUCUUAACGAAAUGCCUUGUGUCGUGUGUUAUUAUAGUUCCCCCCGAAAUCUCAAUCUUGGAGCAUUUCAAGAGAGAUACAAUCAUUGUGAGGAAGGGAGCGGCUAUUGAGAUCCCUGCUGAGGUGGUGGGUCUGCCAAUGCCAGAGGUUCAGUGGUCUAAGGACGGCGUCGUCAUCCCCGUGGCUACUGAGACACUGCUGAUGGAGUUCGAGGAGGUGGCCCGCACCAAAUGCACCACCAAGAUCAGCAUCCCUGAGACUAUCAGAGGAGACAAAGGAGACUACAAACUGGCUGCCACCAACUGCCACGGCAAAGCACACCGCAUCAUCCAUGUGGAGGUUCUAGGUAAACAUUUUCAGCGAUCAUUAACAUUUUCAGCAAACAGAUCUGUGAUAACCAUAUAAUUAUAAUAUUCAUAUAAACGUACGUAGGUGUGCCAGCGCUACAAAAGGUCUUAACGGGGCAAUCAGCAGUUGCUACAUCCAUAUUUGGACUUACACUCUGUGGCCAGUUCAUUAGGUACGUCCAUCUAGUACUGGGUCGGACCCCCCUUUGCCUGCAGAAUAGCCUGAAUUCUUUGUGGGGCAUGGAUUCUACAAGGUGUGACAUUCAAACAUUGCUCAAUUGGUACCAAGGGACCUAACGUCUGCCAGGAAAACAUUCCCCAGACCAUUACACCACCGCCACCAGCCUGUACCGUUGACACGAGGUACGAUGGGGCCAUGGACUAAUGCUGCUUACGCCAAAUACUGACUCUGCCAUCAGCAUGACACAACCGGAACUGGGAUUUGUCGGACCAGGCAAUGUUUUUCCACUCCUCAGUUGUCCAGUGUUGGUGAUCUCGUGCCCACUAGAGACGCUUCUUCUUGUUUUUAGCAGAUAGGAGUGGAACCCGGAGUGGUCGUCUGCUGCAAAAGCCCAUGACAAGGACUGAUGAGUUGUGCGUUCUGAGAUGCCGUUCUGCACUCCACUGUUGUAGUGCGCCAUUAUUUGCCUGUUUGUGGCCCGCCUGUUAGCAUGCACGAUUCUUGCCAUUCUCCUUCGACCUCUCUCAUCAACGAGCUGUUUUCACCCACAGGACUGCCGCUGACUGGAUGUUUUUUUGUCACACUAUUCUCUGUAAACCCUAGACACUGUCGAGCCUAAAAAGCCCAGGAGGCCGGCCGUUUCUGAGAUACUGGAACCGGCACGCCUGGCACCGGCGAUCAUAACACGAUCAAAGUCACUUAUGUCACUAGUUUUGCCCAUUCUAAUGUUCAAUCAAACUGUAAGUGAAUGCCUCGAUGCCUGUCUGCCUGCUUUAUAUAGCAAGCCACUGCCACAUGACUCGCUGUCUGUAGGAGCGAACCAUUUUUGUGAAUGGGGUAAAUUAAUGAUACACUAAGUGUACAAAACAUUAAGAACACCUGCUCUUUCCAUGACAUAGACUGACCAGGUGAAUCCAGGUGAAAGCUAUGAUCCCUUAUUGAUGUCACUUGUUAAAUCCAUUUCAAUCAGUGUAGAUGAAGGGGAGGAGACAGGUUAAAGAAGGAUUUUUAAGCCUUGAGACAAUUGAGACAUGGAUUGUGUAUGUGUGCCAUUCAGAGGGUGAAUGGGCAAGACAAAAUAUUUAAGUGCCUUUGAACGGGGUAUGGUAGUGGUAUGGUAGUAGGUGUCAGGCGCACCGGUUUGUGUAAAGAACUGCAACGCUGCUGAGUUUUUCAUGCUCAACAGUUUCCUGUGUGUAUCAAGAAUGGUCCACCACCCAAAGGACAUCAAGCCAACUUAACACAACUGUGGGAAGCAUUGGAGUCAACAUGGGUCAGCAUCCCUGUGGAACGCUUUCGACACCUUGUAGAGGCCAUGCCCUGACGAAUUGAGGCUGUUCUUAGGGCAAGGGGGAAUGCAACUCAAUAUUAGGAAGGUGUUCUUAAUGUUUUGUACACUCAGUGUAUGAUUCUUGAAGAAUAUAACUUAAAAAUGCCUCAUCACCUUAGUUCAACUAUCCUACCCCAUCAUAACCCAAAUAUAAACAUGGUUUACUCCAAAGUUUGUCAACAAAGUAAAUGUAAAGAAACACUACAUAGCCUCAAAACAUGGUUAAAACUAUCAUUUUGAUAUCAUGGAUGGUCUGUCCUUGCAUCCAUAGCUCCGUCUAUGAGUGGUUACAUUUCUCCAUCCCUUAGUUUUUUACCGAAAAAGGGGUGGGGAGUUCGCUUUGUUAUUGUUUUUACUGCUGAUUGCUGCUUUAAAGAAAUGGUGGUACUUAUCUGGGUAUUGUCAUUAUAGAUCCUUUCAAAUAAGUAUUUAGAGUCUUUAAAAUAAGUAGAAAUUAUAGCUAGUAUAUUCUCAUAAUGUUUUCUUUGCCUUCACAGACCGCCCUCUGCCACCACGUGACAUUGUGGUGUCUGACAUCCAGGCUGAGUCUUGCUAUCUGACUUGGGCGGUCCCAGAGGACGACGGGGGUAGUGAGAUCACCAACUACAUCAUCGAAAGGAGGGACGCCAGUAGGAAGAAGUCUGAUUUUGAGCAGCUCACCUGCAAUAUCAUUGAUAGGAGAUAUGGGGUUAGUCCAAAUUCCUGUUAAAUAUCAAAACUAGUCAAAUACUACUUUAAUGUGGGUUCUGGGGUUAAGUUUCCCCUUGGUACAGAUAAGCUUCCCCUCCCCCAAUCCUAACCUUAACCAUUAGCAAAACUGGCCGAAGAUCAGCGUCUAGGGGCAACUUCACCCUACACCUUCAAUAGGAUGGUUAGUUAACUCAUAAUAAUAUGAUGGUAAUGAUUACUAAUGCAUUGAUAUCACUCCUUCUAGGUGUACAAAAUGGACAGAAUGGGCCAGUACCAAUUCAAAAUCAAAGCUGAGAACAAGUUUGGAAUCAGUGACGGUUGUGAAUCCGAGAAGGUCGUUCUCAAGGAUCCAUUCGGUCUUCCUGGUCCACCUCGCAAACCAAAGGUCAUCGCAGCAACUUCCACUACCAUGACGAUCACCUGGGAGCCUCCACUGCAGAACGGUGGCUCCUCCAUUCAGGGAUACUGGCUGGAGAAAAGAGAGAGAGGAGCUGGGAUCUGGGGUCGUGUGAACAGGGCUCCAGUCACCAAGCCUGCAGUGAAGGGUUUGGAAUACACGGUCCUCCGCCUUAAUGAAGGGGCUGAGUACCAGUUCAGAGUGAGGGCUCAGAAUGCUGCUGGAGUCGGACCUCCCAGUGAGGCAUCCCCAUGUCAAUUCGCUGUUGAUCCACGCAGUAAGUACAGUACUCUUUCUCUGAUGUUGUAGAAUAGCUACAGUGCAUUCGGAAGGUAUUCAGACCCCUUCCCUUUUUCCACAUUUUGUUACAUUACAGCCUUAUUCUAAAAUUGAUUAGAUAAAAACAUUUCCUCAUCAAUCUACACACAAUACCCCAUAAUGACUAAGCGAAAACAGGUUUUUAGAAACCUGAAAUACCUUAUUUACAUAAAUAUUCAGACCUUUUGCUAUGAGACUCGAAAUUGAGCUCAGGUGCAUCCUGUUUCAAUUGAUCCUCCUUGAGAUGUUUCUACAACUUGAAUGGAGUCCACAUGUGGUAAAUUCAAUUGAUUGGACAUGAUUUGGAAAGGCACACACCUGUCUAUAUAAGGUCCCAAAGUUGACAGUGCAUAUCAGAGCAAAAACCAAGCCAUGAGGUCGAAGGAAUUUGUCCGUAGAGCUCCGAGACAGGAUUGUGUCGAGGCACAGAUCUGGGGAAGCGUACCAAAACAUCUCUGCAGUAUUGAAGGUCCCCAAGAACACAUUGGCCUCCAUCAUUCUUAAAUGGAAGAAGUUUGGAACCACCAAGACUCUUCCUAGAGCUGGCCGCCUGGCCAAAAUGAGCAAUCGGGGGAGAAGGGCCUUGGUCAGGGAAGUGACCAAGAACCCGAUGGUCGCUCUGACAGAGCUCCAGAGUUCCUCUGUGGAGAUGGGAGAACCAUCCAGAAGGACAACCAUCUCUGCAGCACUCCAACAAUCAGGCCUUUAUGGUAGAGUGGCCAGACGGAAACCACUCCUCAGUAAAAGGCAUAUGACAGCCCGCUUGGAGUUUGCCAAAAGGCACCUAAAGGACUCUCAGACCAUGGGAAACAAGAUUAUCUGGUCUGAUGAAACCAAGAUUGAACUCUUUGGCCUGAAUGCCAAGGGUCACGUCUGGAGGAAACCAGCCACCAUCCCUACGGUGAAGCAUGGUGGUGGCAGCAUCAUGCUGUGGGGAUGUUUUUCAGCGGCAGGUACUGGGAGACUAGUCAGGAUCGAGGGAAAAAUGAAUGGAGCAAAGUACAGAGCGAUCAUUGAUGAAUACCUGCUCCAGAGCGCUCAGGACCUCAGACUGGGGCAAAGGUUCGCCUUCCAACAGGACAACAACCCUAAGCACACAGCCAAGACAACGCAGGAGUGGCUUCGGGACAAGUCUCUGAAUGUCCUUGAGUGGCCCAGCCAGAGCCCGAACUUGAACCCGAUCUAACAUCUCUGGAGAGACCUGAAAAUAGCUGUGCAGCAACGCUCCCCAUCCAACUUGACAGAGCUUGAGAGGAUCUGCAGAGAAGAAUGGGAGAAACUCCCCAAAUACAGGUGUACCAAGCUUGUAGCGUCAUACCCAAGAAGAAUCGAGGCUAUAAUUUCUGCCAAAUGUGCUUCAACAAAGUACUGAGUAAAGGGUCUGAAUACUUAUGUAAAUGUGAUAUUUCAUUAUUUAUUUUUUAGCAAUUUUUUAAAUUAAAAACCUGUUUUUGCUUUGUCAUUAUGGGGUAUUGUGUGUAGAUUGAUGGGGGGGGGACUAUUUAAUCCAUUUUAGAAUAAGGCUGUAACAUAACAAAAUGUGGAAAAAGUCAAGAGGUCUGAAGACUUUCCGAAUGCACUGUAUGUCAAGAAGACUAUAUUAUUAUUCAUUAUAAUGGCAGAUUUAACUUGGGAAAGAGAUCUUCUGACCUCAACUGGACUUUCUGUUUGAAUGAGGAUUAAAUAAAUGCAUAAUUACAUUUGAGUAAAACUUGCAUUGACUUGUUUUCAGAUCCCCCUAGUGCACCAGGAAUGCCAGUGGUUAAGGACAAGACCAAGACCAGCGUCACUCUCACCUGGACCCCACCAGAGAAAGAUGGCGGCAGCCCAGUCAAGGGCUACAUAGUCGAGGUUCAGGACACAGACUCUCUGGAUUGGAAGAGAGUCAGUGACCCUGAGAAGCUGCACCCUACCACAGAGAUCACCGUUCCAGACCUGAAAGAAGGCCAGAAGAUCAGAUUCAGAGUCACCGCAGUCAACGCUGCUGGCAAAUCUGAACCAAGCGCACGUUCUGCUGACAUCACUGUCCAGGACAUCUUAAGUAAGAGCCGUAAAGUGAUAGAUAGCCUGAGUCUCAACUCUGUUUUGUGCUGCCUUGCCAACUUCUAUGCCAUUGUCACACCACAAACUGAACUGGGACUCAUGCUAGUGAAGUGAGUAAUUAUUACACAUUUGUACAACGGGUGGGUCUAAUCCUGAAUGAUGAUCGGUUAAAACCGCAUUCCAGCCAGUGUCUAUUCCACAAGUAACCACUGGCUAAAUCUAUGAUGUUAAAAUGCCUGUUUACUCUGUUCCAUCUAACUGCACAACUCACUGUUUCAUUAGCCCAGCCAAGCAAUUUAUAAACUUGAUAUCCACUAUAAAAAGCUUCUAGACAUUAUCUCACAUUUCUUUUAGACUAACAUUUAGUUUUCAACAGCGGAGGUAUGUAUAAACCUUGCUGUCUGUCUCUCCGACAUUUGCAACAUUGUUUCAAUAUUCAAAUUCGAUCUCCAGCUGUCCAUUGUAAUGAACUAGUUGGGACGAGACAGACAGGCAGGCAACGUUUCUCAGCCAGUCGAAAACAUGAAUCAGCUGUCAUCAUCUUUAUGGAUAUAUACAAAGAAAUCGAAUUGAAAAAAGGUGAAAUGAAGUGCAGCUAGUUUGCAGUCUUUCCAGCUUCAGUUUGAAGGGGUUGUGUUAGCUGUGUUGUUGGCUAGUUCCUCUUAACAACAGUGUCCUGACGAGUAAGCACAUUUUCUAUGCCAGGCAAAAUCUCGCCUCAUUAGCUCAUUGUUAUGGAUGUAUCUAAAUAAAUGUCACUAGAAAACAGCUUAAACAACUGAAAAUGCAGCUACUUUGCUGUUAUUCUGGCUGCACUUUUUUGACUUGAUUGUAAAUUAGUCGUAGUUGGCUAGCUAGUAAACAAAGGAUAAGAAAGUUGCCAGCCAGUAUGUCAACGGAACUGAUAGAACGAACGACCAGCUGGCUUGGGUAGCAACCCUAGAUUUGUGUCGGGACUAUGUCAUGUGGAAGGAUGAAAUUGAAUGAAUAACUGUUUUUAAUGAAAAUAUGUCAAUCAUUAUUUGAAUAUAUUGGUAACCUGUUGUAUAAAAGUGAUAAUGCCUUCGAAGCCGGUGUUUGGAGGAUAUUUUGGCACGGUUUGCCGGCCCGAGACCUGUGGCAAUAUAUCCUCCAAACACCGGCUUCUCUGGCAUUAUCAUUUAAUUAUGUGCGAGUUUGGCUUGUUGAUUUGAGUUUUACUGAUGUACUAUACUAUACUUUUUACUAUACAAUACGGAUGUACUUUUUUAUUUCACAGCUGAACCAACUAUUACUCUGGAGGUCAGCGCCCAUGAGCUGUUGUCCUGCAGAGCUGGAACUACCAUUAAAAUUCCAGCUCUUAUCACCGGUCGUCCCACUCCUAAAGUUACAUGGGAGUUCAAGGAUGGAACAGCAGAGACCGAGAAGAAGAAUGAGAUCCAUAUCCUUCCAAUCGAUUCAAUGGUAAUGAAUCUAUAAAAAUACAAUAGAGAAAUCUAUAGAAAUCCGAGCUUUGUUAUUGUUUAAAGGGAUAGUUCACUUUUUUGAAGCGUUAGCUCAUUUUUGACUUUUAUUUUGUUCCAUCCAAACAAUUAUUUGUAGUUUUCAAGUCUCAUGUAUUAAUCGUUGUGUAUUUUGUAAAUGUCUCUACUCAGAUCGUGUCAACUGAUACAACAUCAGUCAUCACCAUCCCUGAGAGCCACAUCAAACAUGCCGGACGUUACAUCAUCACAGCGGAAAACGCAGCUGGACACAAGAACAUGAAAGUCAGAGUCAAUGUCCUUGGUAAGUAAAAACUAAAUAACACAGUUGGAUAAACAAAUGGGCCAAGUCUUUUACAAGAUUCCUAACCAUUAGCAAAACCUUAUUUUCAGAUCUGCCUGGCCCACCCAAAGACCUCAAAGUCACAGACAUCACAAGAGGCACAUGUAGACUUACAUGGAAGGCUCCAGAUAGUGACGGUGGUGAGAGGGUCAAGAGUUACUUCAUUGAGAAGAAGACUGUGGAAGGAAAAGCUUGGACCAAGUGCAACCCAGCCUGUGCCGCCCAGUCCUUUAUUGUGCCCGACCUCAUUGAGGGACAGGAUUACCUGUUCCGUAUCCGGGCGGAGAACCGCUUUGGAUUUGGACCACUAGUUGAGACCAUUGAGCGUUCAAAGGCUAGAGAUCCUAUCCGUAAGCGAACAACAUUCACUUCAUCCAUAGAACCAACCUGUUCUAUAGAACAAACACACCUGUUCUAUUGUACCAGCAGUUUCUAAUCAUUCCUUGUAUUAUUUUUGUUCAGAUCCUCCUGAUGCUCCCACAAGGGUGAAGAUUCAAGAAGUGACUAAGGGCACAGCCACCCUGACUUGGAAGCCACCCAGGAAUGACGGUGGAGCUCCAGUGACACACUACACUAUUGAGCGUCUGUGCUGGGACAGUAGUGGAUCUCAGAAGCAGGCCUGGAGACAGUGCAACAGACGUGAUAUUGAGGACCUCACCUUCAAGGUUGAGGACCUGACUGAAGGAGAAGAGUAUGAGUUCCGUGUCAAAGCCGUGAAUGAAGCCGGCCCCAGCAGACCAUCAUCUACCGUUGGACCAGUCGUCAUCCAAGACCAGACACGUACGUUUAAAUAAAGUAGAUGGUUGCUUCAUUAAUACAAAUACAUUGUUCUAUGGUGUUAUGUGUUAGGUGAUUUAAAAGUGUUAGGCAGGGGCGUCAUGCACCCCAAAAAUCUGAGGGGGCACAAAGUGCGUGAGGAUGCCUGGGGGGUGGUCCAGAGGGGGGCUAGGCCCCCCAACCGUAAAUUGGAGAAUUUAGCAUUUUUCAAACACCUGAUACAGCUUUUUUUCUGCAAUCUAGAGCCAUAAUCAUUAUGAUUAAUUCUAUGUAAAACAUAUAUACAUUUUUCUGCAUAUCUAAGCAUACCUCUUGAUCUGUCUCUAUCCUCUAAAUAUGCUUCUCCGCAUAUCUGUUGAAAUCUGGGUAAAAGUUAAAGGAAUUUGAGUCUUAUUCAGUACAUUUUAGUUAUUGCUUGCUUUUCUAAAGUCUACCAACCUUGCCAGCAGGCAUGCCAGCUAAGAUAGCUUGUCUAACUAUGUACUCUAACUUGAUCAAUUACCUGAAAUGGCUUCUUGGUAGCUAGUUAUGAGUUUGGGAACUUAUCUGGUAUAGCUAAAGCUGACUUAAUAAAAUUACUAGGUUGCUAGUAGUAUUACAGAGAGAGAGAAAAAUAUAUUUACAGUAUAUAUAUACAGUACCAGUCAAACGUUUGGACACACCUACUCAUUCAAGGGUUUUUGUCUUUAUUUUUACUAUUUUCUACAUUGUAGAAUAAUAGUGAAGACAUCAUAACUAUGAAAUAACACAUAUGGAAUCAUGUAGUAACCAAAAAAGUGUUAAAGAAAUCAAAAUAUAUUUUAUAUUUGAGAUUCUGCAAAUAGCCACCCUUUGCCUUGAUGACAGCUUUGCACACUCUUGGUAUUCUCUCAACCAGCUUCACCUGGAAUGCUUUUCCAACAGUCUUGAAGGAGUUCCUACAUAUUCUGAGUACUUGUUGGCUGCUUUUCCUUCACUCUGCGGUCCAACUCAUCCCAAGCUAUCUCAAUUGGGUUGAGGGCGGGUGAUUGUGGAGGCCAGGUCAUCUGAUGCAGCACUCCAUCACUCUCCUUCUUGGUCAAAUAGCCCUUACACAGCCUGGAGGUGUGUUGGGUCAUUGUCCUGUUGAAAAACAAAUGAUAGUCCCACUAAGCGCAAACCAGAUGGGAUGGCGUAUCGCUGCAGAAUUCUGUGGUAGCCAUGCUGGUUAAGUGUGCCUUGAAUUGUAAAUAAAUCACUGACAGUGUCACCAGCAAAGCACCAUCACACCUCCUCCUCCAUGCUUCACGGUGGGAACCACACAUGCGGAGAUCAUCCGUUCACCUACUCUGCGUCUCACAAAGACAAGGCAGUUGGAACCAGAAAUCUCAAAUUUGGACUCAUCAGACCAAAGGACAGAUUUCCACCGGUCUAAUAUCCAUUGCUCGUGUUUCUUGGCCAAAGCAAGUCUCUUCUUCUUAUUGGUGUCCUUUAGUAGUGGUUUCUUUGCAGCAAUUCAACCAUGAUGGCCUGAUUCACGCAGUUUCCUCUGAACAGUUGAUGUUGAGAUGUGUCUGUUACUUGAACUCUGUGAAGCAUUUAUUUAAGCAUUCCUGAGGCUGGUAACUCUAAUUAACUUAUCCUCUUCCUUUCCUGUGGCGGUCCUCAUGAGAGCCAGUUUCAUCAUAGCCCUUGAUGUUUUUUGCGACUCUUGACAUUUUCCGGAUUGACUUAAAGUAAUAAUGGACUGUCGUUUCUCUUUGCUUAUUUGAGCUGUUCUAGCCAUAAUAUGGACUUGGUCUUUUACCAAAUAAGGCUAUCUUCUGUAUACCAACCCUACCUUGUCACAACACAACUGAUUGUCUCAAACAUAUUAAGAAGGAAAGAAAUUCCACAAAUUAACUUUUAACAAGGCACACCUGUUAAUUGAAAUGCAUUCCAGGUGACUACCUCAUGAAGCUGGUUGUGAGAAUGCCAAGAGUGUGCAAAGCUGUCAUCAAGGCAAAGGGUGGCUACUUUGAAGAAUCUGAAAUAUAAAAUAUAUUUUGAUUUGUUUUGGUUACUACAUGAUUCCAUAUGUGUUAUUUCAUAGUUAUGAUGUCUUCACUAUUAUUCUACAAUGUAGAAAAUAGUAAAAAUAAAGAAAAACCAUGGAAUGAGUAGGUGUGUCCAAACCUUUGACUGGUACUGUAUAUAUAUAUAUAUCUUUUUUUUUUAAGAGGACAAAUCUGAGGGUCACAUUCCCCUGUGCCCCCUAUGGGCAUGACGCCUCUGGUGUUAAAAGGUGUUAAGUGUCUAAAAGAAAAUAAGUAAUUUUCUAAAAUGGUUGCCAUUGUUUGUCUCUCAGGUGCUCCUGCUAUUGACCUGGAGGAGUUCAUGGAGGUUGAACAAGGAGCUGAUAUCAGCAUCAAGGCGAAGAUCAGGGGCUGUCCGUUCCCCACUCUCACCUGGCUCAAGGCUCCAGCCCACAAGGGUGAAGACAAGAUUGAGGUUGCAUAUGAUGAGCACAUCAACAAGAUUGUGUCUGAUGAUAGCUGUGUACUGCUGAUCCAGCAGGGCAAGCGCUCAGAUACAGGCCUCUACACUAUCACAGCCAGUAACAGCCUAGGAAAGGCCUCCAAGGAGAUGAGACUCAACGUCUUGGGUAAACUUCUUCUUUACAUUUGAGUCAUUUAGCAGAUGCUCUUAUCCAGACUGACCUACAUAAUAAACAUGUUGAAUUUCAACGGUGUUAUCAUAUUUUCACAGCCAAGAAAAUCAACAAAUUACAUUAUUAAAAGUUUUCAUUUCACUUAACAAAUGGUAUCGCUUCCUUUCUUCAGGACGUCCUGGACCACCAUCCGGUCCAGUGAAGUUUGAGGAGGUCGAUGCUGAGAAGAUCACCCUGUCAUGGCUGCCACCUAAGGAUGACGGUGGCUCCAAGGUGACCAACUACGUCAUUGAGAGGCGUGUAGCCAACAGGAAGACAUGGAUCCCUGUGACCAACGAACCCAAGGAGCGUAUCUGGACGGUGGAGGGCCUGAUGGAAGGGCAUGAGUAUGUGUUCCGAAUUUGUGCUCAGAACAAAUACGGAGUUGGAGAGCCUCUGGAUAGUGAACCUGAAGAAGCCAGGAAACUCUAUGGUAAGUAUAGAGAGCAAAAUAUCAUGUUUUCAUAAAAGGAUUUGCAUCAGUCAAUCAGUCAAUCACAUGUAUGUAGAAAGCAUUUAUUUCAUUAGUAGUUGUCACAAAGUGCUUUACAGUGAUCAUUCACAUCAUAAUACACAAGUCUGAUGAAAAACCUGAAAAUGUUGAAGUGAAGUUUAACAGAGUUCGUGUUUGUUUGUUUUUUCUAAAGCUGUUCCUGGCCAAUGCGAAAAGCCAACCAUUUCAGCCGUUGACCAUGAUUCCAUGAUGGUCAACUGGGAAGAGCCAGAAGACGAUGGAGGCAGUCCAGUGAUUGGCUAUUGGCUGGAGCGUAAGGAAACCACCUCUAAGCGCUGGAACAGGGUGACGCGCGACCCCAUCCGGGUCAUGCCUCUCGAGGUGUCCCAUAAUGUGACUGGACUCAUUGAGGGGUCACAGUACCUCUUCCGGGUCACAGCUAUCAACGCAGCAGGAUGUGGACCUCCUAGCGCGUGCACCGACCCCAUCUUCGCCAGAGAUCCUAUCUGUAAGUAUUGUACGAUGCACACUCGACCUCCCAACUGCCACUUACCAAUAUUCCACAUUAAAAAAUCUAUUUGUGUGCAUUCUCCCGGAACCAGUCUUGUAGUAGCUAUCAAACAUGGGCAGUGCACUCAGGGAGUGACACAGAUGCAAACUCCGAUAGACAGGGAGAAAGUUGUAAAAAGAAAACAACAUCUCUCCAUUUCUGCACAAAAUAUGUGCAAGUAUAUCGGUCACCAGUGAUUUCAUCAGCUGAUUUGGCUUGUUGUAGACUGCCUGCUGCUAGCUAGCUGUGGUUAGCUUCAAUUUAGUUUCAUAUGAAGUGGCUGGCUCAGGCUAAGCUAGCUAGAUAGCUAGCUAGCUAAUGGACAAGUUGUCGUGUACAUUUUGAAAUGUCAGAAAUACCACUCCUUCAAGCACUAAAGUCCUUUGCUAGAUGUGCGACUAAGACCAGCUCUGCAAUUAUUUUUUAUUAUUUUUAAGAUUUCUUGAUUUAUGUUGACUUAUUCAGGCUAUUUUAGAGAUUUACUUGAUUGACUUGUGAAUCCGCAUAUCAAGUGAUUGAGUCUUCCCACUGGGCACACACUGGUUGAAUCAACCUUGUUUCCACGUCAUUUCAAUGAAAUUACAUUGAACUAACGUGGAAUAGACAUUGAAUUGACAUCUGUGCCCAGUGGGUUCGAAGUGUUCGGUUUGAGAUUCAGCCAUUGUUUGAAGUACAAUAGACCAACAUAGCUACUGUAUUAGGUCAAAGCUGUGUGCUGGAAAACCUUGAUUAACGCAUGGGUGGAGUAGUCAUUGUGGUGCUCAUGUGAAUAGCUUUUUCGGCUUCAGACCAAUGCCUACUUCUCACUUAAAACUUAGUUUUUGUUUUUAAUGGUUAUUGCACAGAUUUUUCAACCAUAUUUCAGUGUUUUAAACAUGGUUUGUAUUUUAUUGUGAAGCCGUCCCUGGACCUCCAACACCAAAGGUCACAGACUGGACCAAGUCAUCAGUGGAUCUGGUCUGGAUCCCACCCCUGAAGGAUGGUGGAUCUAAGAUCACGGGAUAUAUUGUUGAAUACUCAGAGGAUGGAACAGACAAAUGGGUUAAAGUAAGUAUAAUGAUCGUUUUUGUAAUUUGAAUGUUUUUUUCCAAAUACGGUAACCUGUAUGUGCACAAGUUUUAUAUAACAUAUGUUUUUGUUUCAGGCUAAAGACAAGGAGCACAGAAGCACCAAGUUGGUCGUUACUGGAUUGAAGACAGGUGGAUUCUACAAGUUUAGAGUGACAGCGUUGAAUGCUGCAGGCCCCAGCGAACCCGGUGAAGUUCCAGACGCUAUUAAGGUUGAAGACAGGACAAGUGAGUUAACUUCUUAAAUUAAUCCUUCUUGAAAUUAUGAUCUCUUGUUUUAGGAUAAAUAGAUUGAUUAAUAGAUUAAUCAUUAUCCUCUAUUCAUACUUCAUUGAAAUGUACCUACCGACAAACCAAUGUCCUCUUCCUGCUUUCUUUAUUGACCUGUUUAUAUCCAUAUAUGAUAAUAUCAUGGUUUUAAAUUCUUCAUCUGUUCCCCGAAAUUGUGAUCUAGUUGAUCUGUUUGGGAUAAAUUGAAUGAUAAUAUGAUGUUUUUAUGCCUAUCACAGUUGCUCCUGAGGUUGACCUUGAUGCCACAGUGAAGGAAAGGAUGGUAGUCCAUGCCGGUGGUGUGAUCCGCAUCCUGGCCUUCGUGUCUGGCCAGCCUGCUCCAGAGAUCAAAUGGAGCCGCGAUGACGGUGUUCUACCACCAGAAGGUGUAGUUGAGACCACCGCCAUCAGCUCAUCGCUGGUCAUCAAGCCCUGCACCAGAAGACACCAAGGAGUCUAUACUCUGACUGCUGCCAACUCAGGAGGAGAAAAGAAGAGGUCUAUCAUUGUUGAUGUCCUGGGUAAGAAUGUAGAAAUUACUGGAAAGAAUCAAUAAGUAAGAUAGGAACUCAUACACAUGCAGAACCAGGACGACACUUAAAGAAGUGUAUGUGAUACUCAAGCUUAGAUACUUAAAUUGUAAUGUGGAAAAACACUCUUGUGUCCACAAGUUAUUAUCUCUUGUACACAACUUAUUUAGUUUUUCUCUGCUGUCCCUGUAGCAGCUCCAUAACAACCAUGCAUGUUACCACAAAUAGAACAGACGUCUCACAGUCUUUCAUGUUCUUCCUCAGAUGUCCCUGGUCCAGUUGGCGUACCCUUCACCGCAGAGAACCUCACUAGUGACUCCUGCAAGCUGUCCUGGUUCUGUGCUGAGGAUGAUGGUGGUUCUGCCAUCACCAACUACGUCAUUGAGAAGCGCGAGGCGGAGAGGAAGGCCUGGACUGCCCUGUCCUACACAGUCACCAGACACACUGCCGUGGCCCACGGGCUGCAGAACGGAAAGGCUUACUUCUUUAGAAUUGCAGCUGAGAACUCCAUUGGAGUUGGACCCUUCGCUAACACUGCAUGUGAAAUCAUCAUAAAGGAUCCCAUCAGUAAGUCUGGUCUACAUACAUAACUAUAUCUAGAUGACUUUUUCUUGGCCUGAGGUGGUCAAGCGGUCUAAGCUGCUGCCUCUCAAGCACAUGUACAGUACAUUGUACCACUGCCAGUAUGGGUUCUUUCAGCACUCCCUAAAAAUAAAAAAAAGAUAAUUACUUUUUUUUCAUUUUCUGUAAAUAAAUACAUGUCCUUUCUUAUUAUGACAUUUAAAAAAUGUUAUGUGAUGUGAUAAUGACUCAUCUUAUUGUGUUGUGUUACCCAGCCGUUCCAGACCGCCCAGAGGAACUUGAAGUAACAGCGGUUCAUAGAGACUACAUUAGCUUAACAUGGAAACCUCCUGCGUCUGACGGAGGGUCAGAGGUCACCAAGUACAUCCUGGAGGCCCGUAUGAUCGGCAAGGACAAGUUCACACGGCUGACCAAGGAGAAACUGAUGGAGAGGAGAUACACCUACGACGGUCUGAGAGAUGGGGACACCUAUGAGUUCAGAGUUAGCGCUGUGAAUGAAAUUGGGCCCAGCAAGCCAUCGUUCUGCACCAAACCAAUCACCUGCAAAGAUGAACUUGGUGAGAUGGUCGCCGUUUUCUACUUUACCAAAUCACUUUGAUUAAACUUGAUUGUAGAAUACCAAAAACAGAGGAUGUUUUGAAUUGAAAUCUUUGCUAAUGGCAGUUAGUAAUGAUAUUAAAUGUAUUUUUUUCAGAACCCCCAACCAUUGAGCUUGACUUCCGUGACAAGAUCAUCAUCCGUGUUGGGGAGAGCCUGGCUCUCCAGGGUCGCUACACCGGAAAGCCCUCUCCAUCUAUCAUGUGGUACAGAGAUGACGAAGAGCUGAAGGCAGAUCAGCACAUCAAGUUCAAGAACUCACUGACCACCAUGACUUUAGGCCUUAUGAAAGCUAAGCGCGAGCACAGCGGCAGAUACUGCGUGCUGGUUGAAAACAGCACCGGCUCUCGUAAGGGCAUUUGCAAUGUAACCAUUGUAGGUAAGUUGUCAUUCAGUCAAGCUGAAAAUCUCCCAUCUAUGGCCCCUAAUAUUAUUUGUUUACUUAAUGUAAAAAAAAAAAAAAAUCAUAGCUUAUCAACCAAAGUUAAGGUUUUGAACCAAAGUGACCAAACCUUUAUCAUAAAUUAUGAACCAAAGUGACCAACACAUUAUGGUUUCCUUUCCAGAUCGCCCCACACCGCCAGUGGGUCCAGUCAUCUUUGAUGAAGUUCACAGAGAGUUUAUGGUGAUCUCCUGGAAACCUCCUCUUGAUUCUGGCGGAGUGGACGUGUCCAACUACAUCAUUGACCAGAGAGACGUCAACAGUGAUGUCUGGAGGACUGUAACAUCUGCUUCGACGAAGUUGACAUGCAAAAUCCCCAGGUUGAUUGAGGGAAAAGAGUACAUCAUGAGAAUCUGUGCCGAGAACAUGUACGGAAUCAGUGACCCACUGGAUUCAGAGGAGAUGAGAGCCAAAGAUCUCUUCAGUACGUAAUCACUGCAAUAGAUUGUCAUUAUUUAGGUUUUGUCUCAAAUGGCACCUUAUUCCCUACAUAGUGCACUACUUUUGACCAGAACCCUAUGGGCCUUGGCCUAUACAGAGAAUAGGGUGCCAUUUGGGACAACAACAUGAUUUACUUUUUUUUUUUUGUCCACUUGAGUGCCAUCGUUGCUGUUCCUAAUGUGACUUGUUAUCCUGUAUUUUACAGGAGUGCCUGAGGCACCAGAGAUGCCCAACGUGAGGGAGGUGUACGCUGACAACUGCCUUGUGCUUUGGAGCAGACCUCGUGAUGGCGGCAAGCCCAUCACUAACUACAUCUUGGAGAAGAAGGAGCCAGCUGCAAAGAGAUGGUCUCGUGCCACCAGAGAACCCCUCUACCCAGCUACUCAAUUCAGGGUGCUUGACCUUAUAGAAGGCUGUCAAUAUCAAUUCCGGGUUAUGGCAGAGAAUGAAAUCGGCACUGGUGACCCUAGUCCCCCAUCAAACACAAUUCUUGCCAAAGAUCCAAUUGGUAAGUCUAUUAACUAUUUAAAAAAGCCUGAUAAGCUAUUUGGUCUAUUGUAAAUUAUUUAUAUGAAGUUAGGAUUGGUAACUGAUGUAUUUACUCUCUGUAUAGUUCCUCCCAGCCCCCCUGUACUGCCAGAGGCAAUCGACAAGACCAAGGAUACCGUAAGCCUGAAAUGGCAGCUACCUCGCCAUGAUGGCAAAGGCAAAAUCUUUGGUUACCUUGUUGAGUACCAGAAGGUUGGUGCAGUAGAAUGGUCAAAUGGAAAUGAGACUCCUGAAGAGUGUCCAGAAUGCAACUAUGUUCUAAAGGGCCUGGAAGACGGAGCAGAGUACAACAUCAGGGUCUUCACUGUGAAUGCUGCUGGACCCUCUGAGCCUGCCCCUUGUAAGCAAACAGUGAAAGUACAUGACAGACUGGGUAAGUAGUUCAUUUUAUAUUUAUUAUUAACUUCAUAUCAAUGUGGAAAUGAUCAUCAAUAAUUCUAUGUACAACUUGUACAAUAAUAUAUUAUGUUUUAUCCCUAUACAGAGAAACCAGAGUUGCUGCUUGAUGCCAAUAUGUCCCGUGACCAUCUUGCGAUGGUAGGAACUAAUAUCACUCUCAGUUCAGUGAUCAAGGGCAUGCCACCUCCCACUGUAGUAUGGCAGAAGAAUGGAGAAGAGGUUCCCGCAGAUCGUUGUACCAUUGCAGCCACUGCCACUGGCAGCAAACUUGUUAUGCUCAACUGUGUCCGCUCAGACAGCGGCAACUACACACUCACUAUUGAAAAUGCAGCUGGAAAGAAGUCCGCUACAUGCGCAGUGCUCACCUUAGGUAUGUUACAUUUAACUGAGAACAAUUAAUACGAAGUUUGUUUAUUUGAGAAAAAUCCCAACAAAAAGUUGCUCUAAUUAUGCAUAGUCAACACAAAAUUCAAUGUACUGUUUGCUGUUGAUUUUAGGCUUGUUUGUUGGGACAUAUAAUUGAUUUCAAUAAGUAAAAAAGGAACAUGUUGUGUUGAUUUAAUUGAUUAAUAUUUGCAUGUUUAUCUAGAUAAACCCGGACCUCCUCGGGAUCUGAAAAUCUCUGAGAUCACCAGUGAGUCAGCCUACCUGACCUGGAAGGUUCCUGAGGAUGAUGGAGGGGCUGUCAUCUCUCACUACGUUGUGGAAAAGAAAGACGUGGCGGCUGAGAAAUGGGUGCCAGUCGCUGCAUCAAACAAGAAGCCUAGUCUGAUGGCUCUGUAUCUUAUGGAAGGCAUCCAGUAUCUGUUCCGUGUUGCUGCUGAGAACCAGUUUGGCAGAAGUGCCUACAUCAUUACUAAGACGCCGAUCAAGGCUGUUGAUCCUCUUUGUGAGUACUGAUGAUAAUAAGAAUGGAAUAGAAUGUAAUACCCUUACGGAAAAACCACAUGAAUUUCACGUGAUCACAUGUGAAGUGUUCCAAAAUCAUGUUUUCACGUGAUCACUUGAUCUAAUGUGAUAACAUGUGACAACGUGUAAAGCAACAUGUGAUAACAUGAAAGUACACCUUCAUUUUUUUAAUCACAUGUGAAAUUUUCCAAAAACACAUGUUUUCACAUGAGAAAUUUCACGUGAAAUCAUAUGAUUUUCCUCAUGUGAAAUCAUGUGUUUUUUCUGUAAGGGAUAAAAUAGAUUAGAAUGUUAUUGCCCAUCGGAGGAUGGUAGAAAAAUAUUUGCCAUCCUCGGAUGGAUAAUACAAUUAUAUUCUAUAAGUGUUUGAACACUUCAGUGACAAUUUCCCAAAUGUUUAUCAACCAUCUAUUACUAUUAAUCGUUUGAUUUUCAAAAUGUAAAUGAUUUUCAGAUCCACCCGGUCCACCAAAGAAUCUGCAUCACAUCGACAUAGACAAGACUGAAGUCUGGCUCCAAUGGGAUUGGCCAGACCGCGACGGAGGAAGUGAAAUCACUGGAUUCAUCGUUGAACACCAGGAGGGAGAGGGAAAAGACUGGGUCACCUUCAAGACUGUCACUAAUCCUCAUAGCCAUGUCACUGGACUGGAGGAGGGAAAGACAUACAGGUUCCGUGUGAAGUCCCAGAAUGCUGUUGGCGUGAGCCGUCCAGACACCAGUGUCCCUGUAACCUGCCAGGAGAAACUCUGUAAGACUUAUUUUAUCAAUAAUAAUAAUAAAUAAUUGACUGGAUUUAUAAAGAGCUUUUCUAGACGCUCAAAGCGCUUACAUAUUAAGGGGGAAACUUAAUCCUUCACCAAUUAUCAUAUCUUUAGUAAAUGAUGACAGCCCACCUGCCUCAAAGUCUAACAUUGAUACCUUAUGUUUUCUUUUUCAGUGCCACCAACAAUUUCAGUGGAUGUGAAGCUUAUUGAGGGUCUGAUUGUCAAGGCUGGAAGCACUAUCGUACUCCCAGCAGUCAUGAAAGGAAUUCCCACUCCCACAGCCAAGUGGGUGAGUGACGGAAAGGAACUGGCAACAAAGGGCAACGUCAAGAUUGACACUGAGGGCAUGAACACAUCUCUCACCAUCACUGGGUGUGUCAGAGGUGACACUGGAGAGUAUCUCCUCACCGUGGCAAACCCUGCUGGAAGCAAGACUGUUGCUCUGCACGUCACUGUGCUCGAUGUCCCAGGUGCCCCCAUUGGCCCUAUCAACAUCCUUGAAGUUACCCCUGACCACAUGGUCAUCAACUGGAGACCACCUAAAGAUGAUGGUGGCACUCCAUUGACGUGUUAUAUUGUUGAGAAAAAGGAUACCAAAAAGGCCUGGGAACCAUGGUCAGUUGUGUGCUCAGGAUGCACUGGUACAAAGGCAAAAAUUUCUCGAUUGGAGAAAGGUCGUGAAUAUAUUCUGCGUGUCCGUGCAGAAAACAAGGUGGGAAUUGGUGCUGGACUUGAGAGUCCUCCCACUAUUGCCAAACAUAUGUUUGAUCCACCUGGCCCACCAGGCCAGCCAACCUGCUCUGAUAUCACAGAGAAUGCUGUGACCAUAGAAUGGACUCUGCCCGAAUUUGAUGGUGGCAGUCCAGUCAGUGGCUAUGUAGUAGAGCGCAGAGAAAUGACAGGGAAAUGGAUCCGUGUCAACAAGACACCUGUAUUGGAUCUCCGAUACAGAGCAUCCGGUCUGUUCGAGAACAACAGCUACGAGUUCAGAAUCUUUGCUGAGAACGUUGCUGGCGUCAGUGAGCCCUCUCCUGUAUCAGAUCCUGUGAAGUGCACUCGUCCUAUUACUAGGCCAGGACCCCCAUUAAACCCUAAACUGAGGGACUGGAGCAAGUCAUAUGCUGACUUGGUGUGGACCAAGCCAACAAGAGAUGGAGGCAGCCCCAUCUUAGGUUAUAUAGUUGAAUGUCAGAAAUCAAGCAGCGCCAAAUGGGAGAAAGUCCAUAAGGAUCUCAUCCCGAUGUGCGCAUUUAGAGCAAUGGGACUUACUGAGGGCAUGGAAUACAGGUUCCGCAUUAGCGCUUCCAAUAUUAUUGGAGAUGGAAAACCUACAGAGCUCUCAGAAACAGUCCUUGCCAAGGACAUUCUGGUUCCCCCAGAGCUGACAGUUGAUGUUGCUUGCCGUGACCUUCUGACAGUUAGGGUGGGACAGAGUAUCAACCUUGUUACUAGAGUUAAAGGUAGACCAGAUCCUGAUAUCACUUGGUCUAAGGAUGCCAAGAUUUUAGGCAUAGACAAGCGUACUGAGAUGAACAACAACUACCCUCUGGUUGAGCUGGUGAUUUCAGACGCAGUAAGGCAAGACUACGGAAAGUAUGCUAUCCUUGCUAAAAACAGCAGUGGUCAAGCACAGGCUACCAUUAUUGUGAAUGUGCUUGACACUCCAGGCGUCUGUCAGAAUCUGAAGACCACUUAUGUGACAAAAGAAUCCUGCAUGGUUUCCUGGGAGAACCCAGAGGAUAAUGGAGGAACUGAAAUAACACAGUACAUUAUUGAGUGCCGUCAACCUAGUCAAAGGAAUUGGACAGUGGUAUCAAAUGAUUGCACCAAACGCCUUAUGAAGGCACCACUCCAGGAGGGUUGUGAAUACUUCUUCCGUGUGAGUGCAGAGAACAAAAUUGGUGCUGGACCUUCAACAGAGACCAAAACAGCCAUCCUUGCUGUUGAUCCCAUUGAGAAGCCUGGUGAUCCUAUUGACUUCAUUAUAUCUGAGAUCGGCAAGACAUUCGUCUUCCUGAAAUGGAAGAGGCCAGACUAUGAUGGUGGCAGCCGUAACCUGGGCUACAAUGUUGAAAAGAAACCUAAAGUGGCAGAGGAAUGGGAGAGACUGCACAAGGGUGCAAUUAAGGAAACUUACUUCAUGGCAGACAAGUGCAUUGAAAACGAAAUUUACCAGUUCAGGGUACAGACAAAGAAUGAAGGAGGUGAGAGCAACUGGGUGACAACUGCUGAGGUUGAGGUUAAAGAACAGUUAGUGGUGCCAGAGAUCAAGAUGAAGUUGCAAUGGACUCUAGUGGUUAACGCUGGGGACGCCAUUCCAAUUGAAGCUGAUGUCAAGGGAAAACCAGCUCCGGAAGUCAAGUGGACAAAGGAGAAUGACACAGGGGACAUCACCAAGAGCCCAAGGCUCCAAAUAGAAGCAGGUGUAGAGUUCUCUAAAUUCCUGUUGACAAACUCAAGGCGUGGAGAUACUGGAAAAUAUAACAUCACUGCUACCAAUAGUGCUGGAACAGCCACUGGAUGGGCGAAUGUGUGUGUGCUUGAUAGACCUGGUCCUAUCAGCAACCUAGUUGUAGAUGGUGUUACAGUGGAUAGGUGCAUGUUGACAUGGGAUAUGCCAAAGGAUGAUGGUGGAUGUGAAAUUUAUAACUACAUCAUAGAGAAGUGUGAGAAGAAGAGAAUGGUGUGGUCCAUACAUUCUUCUGCUGUGAUCACCAACUCUGCUAAAGUAACCCGCCUUGUAGAAGGAAAUGAAUAUAUAUUCAGAGUGCGUGCAGAAAACAAGAUGGGGGCAGGUCCUGCAGUGGAGAGCACACCGAUUGUGGCAAGGACCGAAUUCAGUAAACCUGGCAUUCCAGAAGCACCAGAAGUUUUCAAGAUCUCCAAGGAGGAGAUGACCGUUACAUGGAACCCUCCUGAGAAUAACGGUGGAAAGGAAAUCUCUGGUUAUAUUCUGGAGAAAAAAGAAGAAUUUGCCGUACGAUGGUCUCCUUGCACAAAGCACUCCAUUGAUUCGACCCAACUGACUGUCACCGGUUUGCUGCGUGAUCAUGAAUAUCAGUUCCGCGUCAGGGCUGAGAAUGAAAUCGGAUUUGGUGAACCAAGCAAACCCUCAAGAUCACUCGCCGCCAGAGAUUCUCUUGGUAUGUACAGUAUAGCAGUUCUAAAUAUUAUAAAAUCAUACAUUCACUUUGCAUAUCCAAAGUAUCUGUGUUAAUAUGCAGUUUGUUUAUUUUGUUUUGACAUUUUCAGAUGUCCCAGCCCCUCCAACGAAUCUGAAGGUUGGUGACAGUACAAGGACCUCGGUAACACUGAAGUGGACAAAGCCUGUUUCUGAUGGUGGAGCUCCUAUCAUUGGUUAUGUGGUGGAAAUGAGGAUUAAGGGCAACAAGGAUGCGGCCUGGAAGAGGUGUAAUGUCGCAGCCCAGCUGAUUGUGUGUGAAUUCACUGUUUCCAGUCUGGAUGAUCAUGAAUGGUAUGAAUUCCGCGUUUCUGCACAAAAUCAAUGCGGUAUGAGCUUAACGGCGGAUCUUACGAUGCCCGUGCAACCGAAGGAUAUCCUUGGUGAGUCCUAAAAUACAUUUACAUUUUACAUUCACAUUUUUUGUCAUUUAGCAGACGCGCUUAUCCCAAGCGACUUAGUCAGUGAAUAGUAAAUAGUACUACCGUUUUUUUAAUGUGGCAUAUUUCAGUUUAAUGACAUUGUGUGAAAGAUCAUUAGUGUAUCAUCACACUAAUACAUCUAUCUACACCUUCUUCGACCAACAGAGGCACCUGAAAUUGACAUGGAUGCUAGUCUGAAGGAGGGUCUGACAGUCAGGGCCGGAUGUCCCAUCCGACUGGUGGCAACCAUCAAGGGAAGACCAGCACCCAAAGUCUCCUGGAGAAGAAUGGGCAUCGAUAACGUUGUCAGGAAGGGCCAUGUGGACAUCAUUGACACAAUGACCUUCCUGGUUAUCCCUGAAAGUACACGGGAUGAUUCAGGCAAAUACUCCCUGACCCUGUCCAGCCCAGCUGGGGAGAAGGCAGUGUUUGUCAAUGUCAAAGUACUGGGUAAGUUGUGUGUUUUCUCUCAUCUCAGAACUACUGCAUUGCUCUAUUGCUGCUUGCAGUUUGAAUAUCUGGCAAUCAUUUUAUAAUAUGUUGUACUCCAUAAAAAUGUCAAUGUAAUUAUACGUUUAUUCCCCUCAACAGAUACCCCAGGGCCUGUAGUGGGUCUGGAUGCCACAGAUAUUAAACAGACGUCCGCCAAACUGGCAUGGUCACAGCCUGAGAACAAUGGUGGCAGUGCAGUCACCCAUUACAUUAUUGAGAAGCGUGAAAUUGACCGCAAGACCUGGGGACCAGUCGCAAACAAUAUUGAACAGACUGAAACCAACGUCAAGAAACUUGUUUCAGGCACAGAGUAUUUCUUUAGAGUCACAGCUGUGAAUGAAUAUGGUCCUGGAGUUGCGAAGGUCUCACCAAAGUCCUACAUGGCAUCUGAUCCUGUCAGUAAGUACCCUUUUGUUUGACCUCUUCAUUCAUGAUCUAAUGAUCAUUCAUUAGAUGCACUAGAUGCCUAGCCUUCAAUUAUUUAAGUCUGAAUGUUGACGAAAUUUUGCUGGCUAUCUUCUCCUCAGGCAAACCUGAACCAUGCCCGCAGAUUGAUGUAUUGGAAAUUACAAAGAACAGUGCACUUCUGGGAUGGCUGAAACCAUUGGGUGAUGGAGGAGCUAAGAUAGAUGGUUAUAUAGUUGAAUACCUGGGGCUGAUCCCACCCAAACCAGAACCAGAACCAGUUGAACCAGCAGAACCAGUAGAAGGAGAGGAAGCUGCUCCUCCUCCUGUACCUGCACCUGUGGUGGUUGAAGAACCAGAGGAAGAGAAGCCAGAACCACAAUGGAUGGCAUACACAACUGUUAAACAUUUAACCCUUUCAGUUAGUGGACUCAAGGAGGGUAUGAAGUACAGAUUCCGGGUGGCCGCAAGAAAUAUCAUGGGUCGCAGUUCGUACACUGAAACUAGGGACGCUUAUGAGAUCAAGGAACAGAUGCGUAUGUAAUAAUUUUUUUUGCAAUCAAUGUUAUUCACAACAUAUCCACACAUAAUAGAAUAGUGAUUUUUGUGUGUGAUUAGGAAUUAUUUUUCAUCAAAUCUGUAAAUUAACAAAACAUCUAUUUUUGUUUGGUUUUCAGUGGAACCCAAGAUCAUGAUGGCCGAGACUGUGUCUGCCAAAGCAGGAGCUAAACUCAGGGUGGAAGCUCUUGUGUCUGGAAAGCCAGCACCAACCUGCACAUGGAUGCGAGGAGAGGACAAUGUCGUUUCCUCUAGUCGUCUUGCUGUGCACAAAUCUGCAAACAUGUGUGUGCUCAUCAUCAAAGACGUGUCCAGAACCGACAGUGGACUAUACAGUCUGGUUGCUGAGAACAGCUGUGCUAAAGUAGAUCAGCAUAUUAAAAUCAUCAUCAGAGGUUUGUAUCUUAAUUGCAUAAAAUCAUUAGUCAGUUCUAUUUUCAAACUAUUGUAAUGAAAACUGUGCUAGAUGCGAAUGCUGAUAACGACUGUAUGUUAAUGUUUCAGAUAUCCCCGGAGCGCCUGAGCCUCCAUUUGAGAUCAGUGACAUUGACGCUGAUGCCUGCACACUCUCUUGGAAAGCACCAAUUGAAGAUGGCGGAAGCCAUAUUACAAACUACGUAGUGGAGAAGUGUGACGUGAUCAGAGGCGACUGGGUAAACGCUGUAUCGUCCUGUGGCAAGACUGGCUGCAGACUGGGAAAGCUCAUCCCUGGAAAGGAAUACAUCUUCCGUGUCCGUUCUGAGAAUCGCUAUGGAAUCUCAGACCCCCUUACAUCAGACAGGAUGAUUGCCAAAUUCCCCUUCGGUGGGUUUCACACAAAAACCUACUAAAACUCUGUUGUAUUGUUGUAUCGUUUACUUAAUCUAAAACGUGUUUUUAUUUGAUGUGUUUUUAUCAAUAGAUGUCCCCAGUGAGCCUUUAAACUGCCACAUCACCAAGAUCAACAAGGACUGUAUGUUUGUGGCCUGGGACAGACCUGAGAGCGAUGGUGGCAGCCCUGUUACUGGCUUCUACAUUGAACGCAAAGAGAGGAACAGCCUCCUUUGGGUAAAGGCUAACGACUCGGUUGUCAGAUCAACGGAAUAUCCCUGCGCAGGCCUUAUUGAGGGCUUGGAAUACAACUUCAGAGUAUCUGCCAUCAAUCGUGCUGGACAGAGUAAGCCAAGCAAGAAGUCUGACUUCGUCACAGCAAGGACACCAGUUGGUAUGUGUAUUUUUAAUUCCUCUUUUCCUAUUUUGAUACCUAAAUUGUACGACUUCUUCCGCAAACAUUGUGUACUUGAUUUAUUCCUGCACAGACACACCAGGCAAACCAGAGGUUCUUGAUGUUAGCAAGAAUGCAGUCACCUUGGUCUGGACUAGACCAAAGAAUGACGGUGGAAGCAAGAUCAUUGGAUAUUAUGUUGAGGCCCUGAGGCUCCCUGGAGACAAAUGGGUCCGUUGCAACACCAGCAGUCAGAAUGUACCCAGAGAAGAGUACACUGCAACUGGACUGGAGGAAGACAUGGAGUACCAGUUCAGAGUCAUCGCAAAGACCGCUGUCAACAUGAGCCGGGCAUCAGACAUCACAGACCCAGUUCUGGUCUCUGCAGAGAAGGGUAGGAAUAUUGCAUUGACAUUGUUAGCUCUAAAUUAAGCAAAUAUAUGUAUAUACCAUGGAUUUGAUUGGAUUUGAGUGCAUUUCUGACCAUGUCUCAAUGAUCAUUUCAGUGCCACCAAGAGUAGAAAUCGGAAUCCCAAUGAAGAGGCUUAAGCCUGUGAAGGCUGGAGCAAAUGUACUUCUUGAGGCAGAGGUGUUUGGAAAACCCAUGCCCAAGGUUACAUGGAAGAGGGGAGAGGAAGUGUUGAGAGCUUCUGAGAUGUUGAAGAUGUCACAGUUGAGACAACUCUUCAGCAUAGAGCUCCUUGGAGUAACAAAGGAACAGACAGGAGAGUAUACUAUUUUGGCAGAAAAUGCAAGUGGAUCCAAAACUGGAGAAAUUAACUUAAAGGUUUUCGGUAAGUAUAAAGCCAGACAAAGAUAUAUUUCAAGAUAUGUUUCUAGUUGAAAAAACUAAUAUUACCAUUAUUAUUAUCAAUAAACAUAAACGUAUUCUUCCUCUUAGAUGUCCCCGGUCCACCAGUCUCUGUCAAGUUUGGUGACGUGUUUGCCAAUAGUGUCCAGAUUAGUUGGGAGGCGCCUCUUGCCGAUGGAGGCUCGGACAUCACAAACUACAUUGUUGACAAACGUGAGACCAGUAGAGCUGAAUGGGCUCAGGUCGCUGCCCAUAUCCAGGGUGAUGUGUUUGAACUCACCACAAAGAAACUGAUCGAGGGACGGGAGUACCAGUUCCGCGUCCGCGCAGAGAACAGAUUUGGGGUCGGAGAAGCCAUCUUGACCGAUCCUGUCUAUGCCAGGAAUCCAUUCAGUAAGAUUUCUAUUUACUUUCUUCAUAUACUUUCACGCAGUAGUUUUAAUACAGUAAAUACUUUAACAGACACGUUUAUCACACAGUGGAAUGCCUUUAGAACUGUGUUGGUUUAAUACUUGUAUGAUUAUUUUUUAGCUGUGCCUGGGGCAUGUGAGGCACCAGUCAUCACAAACAUCACCAAAGAGCACAUGACCGUUAGCUGGAAGGAACCAGCCGAUGAUGGCAAGUCAACAAUCUUAGGAUACAUAGUGGAGAAGAAGGGAACCAAGGAAGUCAACUGGACUAAACUGAAUAGGAAAGCAAUGAUAGAGAGAACCCUGGAAGUUGCUGGUCUGUCAGAGGGAGCAGAGUAUGAGUUCAGAGUAAUUGCCCUGAACGAGGCUGGCCUUGGCAAACCCAGUGAGCCAUCCACUGCUGCUUCAGCACACGAUCCUAUCAGUAAGUAUCCAAACUUAUUAAAACAAUUUACCCAACAUCAUUCUGGAUGACAAUCAUUCUGGAUGACAAUGCACCUAUAAUAUGUAGCUUGAUAUCUACCUAUAAAAUGUACAUUUAUAUAUACUUUAAUAUUAAAAUGUAUACUUCAUAUUUAUUUAAUAUAUAUACUUUUAAUAUAUACACUGAGUGUACAAAACAUUAAGAACUCUUUCCAUGACAUAGACUGACCAGGUGAAUCCAGGUGAAAGCUAUGAUCCCUUAUUGAUGUCAACUUGUUAAAUCCACUUCAAUCAGUGUAGAUGAAGGGGAGGAGACAGGUUAAAGAAGGACUUUGAAGCCUUGAGACAAUUGUGACAUGGAUUAUGUAUGUGUGCCAUUCAGAGGGUUAAUGGGCAAGACAAAAAUGUAAGUGACUUUGAACGGGGUAUGGUAGUAGGUGCCAGGCGCACCGGUUUGUGUCAAGAACUGCAACGCUGCUGGGUUUUUCACGUUCAACAUUUUCCCAUGUGUAUCAAGAAUGGUCCACCACCCAAAGGGCAUCCAGCCAACUUGACACAACUGUGGGAAGCAUUGGAGUCAACACGGGCCAGCAUCCCUGUGGAACGCUUUUGACACCUUGUAGAGUCCAUGUCCCGACGAAUUAAGGCUGUUCUGAGGGCAAAAGGGGGUGCAACUCAAUAUUAGGAAGGCAUUCUUAAUGUUUUGUACACCCAGUGUAUAUACUUUUAAUACUUUUUUAUACUUACUUUUAAUGGUCCUUCGUAGCUCAGUUGGUAGAGCAUGGUGCUUUUAACGCCAGAGUAGUGGGUUCAAUUCUGGAGACCACCCAUAUGUAAAAUGUGUGCACACGACUGUAAGUCACUUUGGAUAAAAGCUUAUGCUAAAUGGCAUAUAUAAUUAUUAUAUAAUAUGUACCUUUGACAGUAAUGUGGCCCUCUGUAGAUUGUAUAUUAUGUUAAAAUAUAUAUUUAUAUAUAAUUAGCUUUUAUAUAACAUAAAUGUGCUCCUCAAUAGAUCCUCCUGGCCCACCUGUGAACCCGAUUGUCACUGACGUCACCCGCAGCACGAUCAGCCUGACCUGGACUAAACCAGCCAAUAACGGCGGCAGUGACAUCCUGGGAUACCUUGUUGAAUGCAAGAGAACAGACGCCACAGACUGGAUCAGAUGCAACGUGCCCAAGAACCUCCAAGACACAUUCUACCUUGUUCAGAACCUCAUUGAUAAAUCUGAAUAUCAACUGCGUGUGUCUGCCGUGAACAAAGUGGGCUUCAGUGAAACAUGCGAAGUGCCAGACAAACAUGUAGCAAAGGACAUUUUGGGUAUGCUAACAUUUGAAUGCUAACCCGAUUGAAUGAAAAUACUGAAGGCUACCUUUAGGGUCAUAUGUAAGAAUAAUAAUAAUAAUAAUAAUAAUUGAUUGGAUUUAUACAUAGCUUUUCUAGUGCGCAAAAUGCUUUACAAAGUAAGGGUAAGUAACUCACCUCUAUCACCAUGUAGAUUUAUUAACUCAAGUUUAUAAUGAGCUUACAAUUAGGUCUUUGUACACACCCAACAUUGUGUAGAUUGAAACAAGUUUUCUUGCUUUUAUUUCAGUUUCUCCUGAGGCAGAACUCAGUGCUGACCUGAAGGAGGUUCUGGAGCUCCGUGCUGGGUCCCAAAUGAGGCUUUUCGCCACAAUAAAGGGUCGUCCCACUCCCAAGGUGAUCUGGGCAAAAAUGAACAGCAACAUCAAGGAAAGACAAGGCAUCGUCAUCAAGAGCACUGACAUUGACACUGUGGUGUUAGUCCAGAGUUGCAACAGAUAUGAUGCGGGCAAAUAUAUCCUGAGUCUUGAAAGCCGCAGCGGAAUGAAGAUGUAUACAAUUGUUGUCAAGGUCUACGGUAAGCAUAAAUGAUUGUAUUUACGACUCGAUUCAUGAGAUCUUAAAUAAAUAUGGCUUAUUCUGUAAUACUUCAUGUAUUUAUGUAUUUAUCGAUCUGACAUACAGAUACCCCUGGGCCACCAGUAAAUCUCAUGGUAAAGGAGACAACAAAGGACAGUGCAAAGAUCCUUUGGGAUACUCCUCUUAUUGAUGGUGGAAGCGAAGUGACCAGUUACAUUAUUGAAAAGCGUGAUGCAGAGAGAAAAGCUUGGUCUCUAGUUAAGGAUAACUAUGCCAAAAACACUCUCAAGAUCCCUGAUUUGGAGGCUGGUAGAUCAUACUGUUUCAGAGUCAAGGCUGUGAAUGAAUACGGCAUUGGUGAGGCGUGUGAAACCGCAGAUUCAGUUAGAGCUUCUGGUGAGUGAUCAUGCAUUAUAUAAAAUAUAAACUACAUUGUUUUGUGUGGAGAGAAUGUUCUUCUAAUCUCAUUUUAUAUUACAGAGGAACCUGGGCCGGUCAUGGACUUCAAGCCCUUGUUGAUCACAAAGCAAGGAUGCACCCUUGGAUGGAAGAAACCUCUCAGUGAUGGCGGUAGCCGCAUCAUAGUGUAUGUGCUUGAGGUUAUGAAUGGAGAUGACAACUGGAAGGAGUUGAUGAGUUCCAAGAACAUGCAGUACAGUGCCAAGGAUCUGGUGGAAGGAAAAGAAUAUAAGUACAGAGUCAAAGCAGUAAAUGACUCCGGUGACAGUCCGUACAAGGAGCUGGAUGUGGUGGCUAAAGAUCAGAUCAGUAAGUCUUUAUCUGCAUCCCAAAUGGCACCCCUUUCCCUAUAUAGUGCACUACUUUUGACCAGGGCCCAUAAGGAAUUCCUCCUCAUGAACUGUCUGCGAUUUAUCUCACUACCAUUGUUUUUCACCAGCAGAUAUUAACCCUAUUCUUGUCCUCCUCUGUCUUUCCUAGUUCAUCCUGGAGUUGACUUGCGGGGCAUUCCCAAUCUGUGCUACAUUGCAAAGGAGGGAAGUAUAGUCCGCAUCAAGCUCCCACUCUACGGCAAACCUACUCCUAAAUGCUCCUGGAAGAAGGGCGAGGAUGAGGAUUUGACCGAUACUGGAAGAGUGUGUGCAGAAUCCACAGCAGUUAACACUACCCUCCUGAUCCGUGACUGCCAGAGGAGUGAUGCCUCUAAGUACACAGUCACACUGAAAAACAUUUCUGGAGUAAAGGAGUCCACCAUCUUCAUUAGGGUGGUUGGCAAACCAGGAAUGCCUGUCGCACCAAUGAAGUUUAAGGAUGUCACUGCGGAUGGGUGCACCCUGAGAUGGACUGCACCUAAGGAUGAUGGUGGAUCAGAGAUAACCAACUAUACUCUUGAGAAGAGGGAUUCCGUAACCAACAUGUGGGUUAGCAUUGCUACCGAUAUUGAAGCAGUUUCCAAUACUACCACCUUCAGAGUGACAGGUCUUCAUGAGGAGACGGAAUACAUCUUCAGAGUCUGUGCACAGAACAAGCAUGGUGCUAGUGAAGGACUCAAAUCCGAGCCUAUUGUAGCCAAACAUCCAUUCAGUAAGUGAAGUUGUAUAGAUUAUGUUUUAGUCGUCAGAUGUAAUUUGGAUAUUCUUGACUGACUGUAAUGUUAUUGCUCCUUUCCAGAUGUACCUGAGGCACCACCUGCACCUGUCAUCAUGAGUAUGCGUCAUGAUUCAUCAUUCUUGGCCUGGUCUGACCCAAGGAAGACCGGAGGCUCUCCAAUUACUGGUACAGUACAAGUGUAUUUUUUAGCAUACAGUAGCAGCUCUAUGUUUUCUGACUUAAUACUUGUGGGAAUUGUCAAGUAAUAAAGUCAAUGAUUUUGUGUAUAUUUGUCUAGAUUCUGUCAGUGUGUUCGGUUAAUUGAAAGGGGAUGUUAGCACAACAUCACCAUGUCAAAUUCCUGGUACAUGUACUUGGCGAAUAAAAAUUAUUCUGAUAACAAUCAUAACAAUCUUUGAACCCUUGUGAUUUCAGGCUACCAUGUUGAGUUCAAGGAGAGGAACAGCAUGCUGUGGAAGAGGUCAGGGGGAGCCAUUAAGAUGAAGGAACACAAGGUCACCGGCUUAACUGAAGGACUGGAAUAUGAAUUCAGAGUCAUGGCCACGAAUCUGGCCGGUGUUGGCAGAGCAAGUCCACCAACAGAGGCGCAUGUUGCCUUGGAUCCAAUUGGUAAGUGGCAUAUUUUUUCAAGGUUCAUUGUUAAUCAUUCACUCAGGUGUCCCAUGACAUCCAUAGGCCAGAUUGGAUUGUGUCUAGUUUGUCCACUUGGCAAUUUGUUUUUGUAAUUUCACUGGGAAAAUCAUGAGACCAGAAAAUGGUGAACAGUGACAUAAACAUGGGAUGUUUUGUCUUACAAUCACAUUGAGCAUCCUUCUUGUUUGUCUUUAUUUCAGAUGCCCCUGGCAAACCUGAUGUGAUCAGCAUCACAAGAAGCACUGUAACACUUCAGUGGACUGAGCCCAAGUACGAUGGUGGACACAGACUGACAGGCUACAUCGUGGAAAAACGUGAUUUGCCUUCCAAGAUCUGGCAGAAGGCUAACAAUGUGAAUGUUGUGGACACAGCAUACACUGUGAAAGAGCUGCAGGAGGGCUGCAAGUUUGAGUUCAGAAUCAGGGCAAAGAAUGCAGCUGGAGCAUUGAGCCCUCCCUCUGAACAAACUGAUACACUUGUGUGCAAGGAUGAAUACGGUAAGAUAUAUAUUAUUAAUCAUUAAAUGAAUUAACAGAAUGUGGUGUGUUUACUACCAUGAUGGUAAAUAUUAUAUUGAUUUAUUCAACAGAGGCGCCAACCAUCACUAUUGAUUCCACUGUAAAGGAGGGACUCACAGUCAGAGCGGGUGACCACAUCGUCAUAACUGCAACAAGCAUUGUAGGCAAACCUCCGCCAACAUCAGUGUGGUCUAAGGGUGGAAAAUAUUUCAAGCCUUCAGAUAUCUGCCAGAUUGAGUCAACUGCAACAUCCUCGACAUUGACAGUCAAAUAUGCCGGGAGAUCGGAUUCUGGAGAAUACACAAUUACAGCCAGCAAUCCAUUUGGUGUCACAGAAGAAGUUGUGAAAGUGAAGGUUUUGGACGUUCCCGCAGCUCCGGGUCCUAUUGAGGUCAGUGGAGUUUCGUCUGAGAAGGUCACCCUGACAUGGACACCACCAACUGAAGAUGGUGGAUGGCCAGUUAAAUAUUACACCCUGGAGAAGAGAGAAACAAGCCGCCUCCUUUGGACCAUUCUUUCAGAAAAAGUCCUUGACUGCCACUAUAUUGCCAAGAAGCUAAUCCAGGGAAAUGAAUACAUCUUCCGUGUGAAGGCAGUUAAUCACUAUGGCCCUGGAGAAGCAGCAGUGUCUGGGCCAGCUAAGAUGGUGGACCAAUUUGGUAUGUAACACUGACUUGUUUCAUUUAGUUGGAUUGAAUAAUGAAACAUGGUUAUGUAUAUUUUCACUAAUGCAUUCUAAAUACUGUGAUAUACUUUGCUUGCAGGUCCCCCUGGUCCUCCAUCAAAACCAGAGAUUGAAGAGAUUGGAGGACACCAUGUCAAAAUCAACUGGAAAAGACCGGUUGAUGAUGGUGGUACCGACAUCACAGGCUACAUGGUUGAAAAGAAAGAAAGAAAGGGCAUGAGAUGGGUUAGGGCAGCGAAGAAGUCCAUUGCUGAACUCUCAUAUGAAGUAACGGGACUCACAGAGAAAGUUGAAUAUGAAUUCAGGGUGGUUGCAGAGAACAAAGCAGGCUUCGGAGAGCCAAGUGAACCAUCAUCAUCUAUUACGACCAAAACUGUUAAAUGUGAGUUUUAAAAAAUCGGCAUCUAUCCAUAUAUGUUGCUUUUAUGUAGUCAAAUUUACUUAGUCAUUCCACUUUACUUAUUUCACUUUUAGAUAUCUAAUCUCUCUCAUUAUUGUUGUAAUAUUGAAUUGUUAAAUAUAGGGAUUUGCCUUUAAUGUUAUCUUUUAAUCAUAUACUGAUCACUUCUAUUACUCAUUACUAUUUUAGAUGCACCUGGACCUCCAAUCAACCCAAGAAUUACAGAUACAACAAAGACUUCUGCAACAUUCUUCUGGGGGAAACCAGUUGAAGAUGGCGGGCUUGAAGUCACAGGGUACUUCGUUGAGCAUAAAAAAGAUGGAAAACAGGAAUGGUUCAAGGACACACCAACUGCUCCACUGA